GCCUGUGACCGAGCCGGGCCCAGCUCAGGGAGGAGGAGGAAAACAGGGAGCAGGAGGAGGAGCAGCCGCCGCCGGAUGCGGCGAGGAAAGAGCUCCGGCUCCCCUACGCAGCGCUGCCGGCCACUCACCUGAGCGCGCCGCGGCGGGAGGAGGAGGAGGAGCCGGCCAGGCUGCUGCCGCUGCCGCCGCGGUAAUCCCGGCCCAGGGGGCGGCGGCGGGCGACCCAGAAGCCAUGGCAAGGGCUCCGGGAGCCUAGAGGCGGGCCGCCUCAGCCUCGCUCCGAGGAGCCGCGCCGCAGAGGCCUGCGAGUCCAGGGCGGCAGCGGCGGGCUCGGCCAUUCCCAGCUUGGCCCGGGCCGGCUCUGCAGCAGCGCCUCUCCCGCGCAAGAUGUCCACCCGCACGCCGCUGCCCACCGUCAACGAGCGGGACACCGAGAACGUGAGUGCCGCCGCCGCCAGCGCCUUGAGAGCCCUUCUACUCUGCCAGCCGGCGCGGGGCUCGCUCAGGCCGGAGUCGCCCUUCUUGGCCUCGGCCGGGCGGGUUUUUUUGGGGGGGGGUUGAGAGGGAGAGCAGGAGGGGGCUUGGCGGCCACGGCUUCCCCGUCUCGCGUGGGUGAGGGACCACCUUGAGGUCUCUUUUUCCUUCCCCGCCUUCCUGGGGGCACUUUAGGAACCAGGCAGGGGCUGAGGGCAGCCCCUUUCCUCUCGCCUCCCUUGCCCAGCCAGGCCUCCGCCGGGUGGCCCCUUGCGCGCCUUUGCCUGCACUGCAGCCACGCCUCAGUGGGAUGCGCUCUCUCCUCCCCAUGCCACACCCGGGGGCUGCUUUCUUCUUCUUCUCCUCCUGCUUUUCCGUUCCUUCCUUUAUGCAAGGCACCCCCAAGCCAGCCCAGGCAAAGUGUCUUCUUUGCAUGUCUAGGUUGCAGCCAGCCUGUCUCUUGUUUUCACACAGAGCUCUAUCUGUGCUUUCAGGUAAACUUUCCACAUGGCUUCCCUCUCCAUAGGGCCGGCCUCCCCUCCCUGACUAUACUCUCCUCUUCUUCUUCCUGCCCUGCCUAUUGCCAGGCUUGCAUCCUUCCCUGGGCCCGGCCGGUGACCUCCAAAAGCCAGGCUGCUCUGUCAAUCCAUCACUCGGGGCAAGCGCAGGAUCUGCCUUCACUUCCGCCUGCCCCUCGCCCCUGCUGGUGAUGUCUGUGCACGAAAGCUUCUUCUGAACUUUGCUCCUUUUGUUCUUGGGGAAAGCUCUGGUCUUUCUCCCUUAGAUCCUUCUUUUUUAUUUUAUUUUUGGUGGUGUUGUCCUAGUGGACUUCCCUCUCGGUGGGGUGACUGGAGCUUAAGAUAGCAGCCAGAGAAAUUAUAAAGCAGGGUGAUUCUCUUCCAAGGGAAGGUUGUUAUAGGAACAGUACAGAACAGGAAAAUGAGAACGGAAAGCUUUGUAAUGACCAGGGUUCAGUGCAUGCAAGUGCCUUCAAUUGCUCUCUAUUUUGUAAAUACAAGCAUAACCCAGGAUGAAAGAUGUUGGGGCUUUGGGGUAGCGAAAACAUGUCUGGAAUGCCUAUUUCACAUGGUUAGUAGCAAAGGGAGACAGAAGGUUUAGACUCUGUAAAAUCUGGCUUUAUGUCUGCACGUGCUAUUUCUGGUAGGCAUGAUUAAUGGGAAGUGAACUGUGUGUGGGAGGGAAAAGACAUAUUUGUAGUGAAGUAAUCUAACGGCCUGAAUUGAAGCAGACUUUACUAUGUUAAUGUGAAAUGGGAUACAGUGUGAGCAGGCCCAUUGACUUCACUGGCGCUGUUGACAAUGUUCACUUUUCUAAGCAAGCAGUGUUUAUCCUUUCCUGGGGACACUGUGUCAGUGUCCUAGGCACUAUUCACAUACUCUGGUUUGGAGAGUUGGAUUUAAGGUGAAAGUGUAUGACAACGUGAGGAAGGAGACAAAAGGCAGAUUAUGAAAAUCGUGGCUUCUGUGGAUUGUGCAAUUUCAGAGUUCCAUAGUGCUAUAAUAAGAAAUGCUGUCCAAAGAAACUGCAUUGAAACAUAUUAUAAAUGAUUAUUAUAUCAAUUCAUGGAGUUUUUAAAUGUAAGCUAAAAAGUGUACAUUUUAGUAUAGUGUAAAUACAUCACACACCUCCAAUAAUUCUCUCCCUAUUAAGUUCUUAUAGAAGAGAUGUUUGAAAGAUUUUUAUAGGAUAUAGAGCUAACAAUGUCUUUAUUUCCCCCUUGUAAUUAGUGUGGGAAAGUUACUGGUGCAGGAGAGACAUUCACCCCAGUAAAAUGUGACCUUAAAUGGGCUUUUUGAAAUAUCUUCUUUAAUGGCGCCAGAAUGUUUAGCAAUGCUAUCAAUUUGUUUGAAGAGUGUUAAGAGGCUCUCUAAUUAAUGAUCUUUUUAUCGCUUCUUUUAAAAAAAUCUUUGCCUAACACUCCCGUGAAGUGAAACUUUAUUGGAAUGUAUAAUGUGUAGGAAUAUUUUUAGGGAAAAAUUCAUUGGGAAGAAACCCCCCCCCAUCUUUUAAAAUUCUUUUUUAAACUCUGCAAUGAUGCAUUGUGAUUUAGGCCUUGGAUGAAUUUUUAAGGGAGUAAAAAUGUGCUGUAGUUGCCAAGUUGCAACCAGAAAAUAUUGUCCUCCCUCCCAUUAUGCCUUUUGGAACAAAUGGGUCUGAAAUUGCCCCACAGCAGGCGGAUCUGUUAAGGAAACAGGCAUAAUCACUUGGUUGUGACUUGACAAUCCUUGGGUGAGUUGAAUUUGUUUUGCUUUAUUAUUUUGCUACUCCGGCUGUUCAUUUUUACAGUAGAUAAAUAUGCAGGCAUAGAGUCACUCAAUUUAUGCGAUUCCCUUAUCACAUUGGAUAUAGAGCGGAUUAUAGGUCUAUAGUGAGAAAGAGUGUGAUUGUCUUACCCACUGCGCCCACCUUUUCUUAUAUUCACAGAGUGAGUCAGCAGGUGGUAGAAUUACUGAAUAGGCCAAGCAGUUGUUCCUAAAGUACAUUUUCUCUUCAUUUUUACUUUUUGUCUCUUUCAACUUGGCAUUCUUUUUGAGUAUUACUUUUCAUUUGUGCUAGAUCUUUUUGCUGAUGGGUUUUGGGACUUAAUGUAUUUUUGGUUUCUAUGGAAGCCGCCCAGAGUGGCUGGGGAGGCCCAGCCAGAUGGGUGGGGUAUAAAUAAUAAAUUAUUAUUAUUAUUAUUAUUAUUAAGAGCAAACCAAAUUGUGUGCUGGAAGAGAAUAUUUCCAUAUGCCUGUACUCACUGCAGUUUCUUCUGCAAGGAAGAAUGAAGGACCAUUGUUUCUCUAGCCACAAUGCUCUUAAAUGCAACCCCUUCCAGAGGCAAAAAUCUCUGUAAGUUCUAAAGAGGUGCUGUUUGUAUUUAGGCUGAACAUAAUAUUUUGGAUUUUCAAUCAAGCCUGUAAUUGGAAUAGGUUUUUUGCUCUGACACAGCAUGUUUUGACAUAAUGUACUUGAGAAAUUGAAUUUUAUUGCUUCAAAGUUUGAGCUGAUAGUUUACAUGCAUAACAGUACUUUACAGUAACAUCAGGUUUUGUUUGUUUGUUUUGGUAAAGCAAAUAAAAGCACAUAGAUGUUUAGGCUUGUUCAAGUGAGCUUUCUUUGGAGUCCUAUAUCCAAUUUAAAAUGGGUUCCUUGAGUAGUUAUACUUAACUGCAUUAUGGUAACUUGUAGGAACUAUAAAUAAAGAACCAGGCCUUGUGGAGAGGAUAUUGAAAAGAGGGAGAAAGUAGUUGGUAUCUUAGGUUGCCUUAGGGAAAGAAUAUUGGGGAAGCAAAAUAGUAUUUGAGGAUCACAAAUAAGGAUAUGAUUUGGGAAAAGUUCUUACAACAUAUAUGUGCCAGCAGUACCAGAAGUCGCAAUUUGUAGGCAUUGAAGUAGUAUUUGAUUAGUGACCUAAAGCUAAGGUCUGGCUUUUGUGCCAAAUGAAUGUUCUACAGCUGUUAUUAUAAAACUACUUCCACAGACCGGGCCUGCUCUUAAGCUACUGGAGCUAUGUGGCAGGAAAUCACAUUGGAUGAACUAUUAAUGUGUUUCUUGCAGCAGUGCUGCCUACCUCCAGGUAAAGCAAUAGCGGUAUAGGGAACAAUCACUUUGCAAUCCAUCUCAUGUAAUUUCCUGUAUACAGACAUGACUGGAGCAGUACAGAUGGAGCCACAGGGAAGCAGCUGCCUCACUGUUUUGGUAAUGUUAGAAUGAGCCCUAGCAGAUACACUUCUGGAUUUUUUUGAAAUAAGUUUUUUCCAGGCUUCAGAGCAACCAAGACAUUGACAGAUAGAUGUAUGGACACCCUUAUGGGCAAAGGUUGGCAUUCUGAUACGUUAUAGAACAGACAGUGGCAUUUGAUGGUGAAUAUCUUCUCUGGUGAUGUUUGCAAUCUUGAUUUAAUUGAUUCUUCUUCUCUAAUUAACUCAGGAUAACUGUGCUAGUUUACCCAACUGUCGCUCCAUGAUAACCAAAGUGGCAAGUACUGGCAAGGCAAAGUUGUUGAAGAUGUUUAAUGAAAUGGAGAUUGUUGUAGGAUUUGGGCAAGAAAUAAUAACCACUAGAAAUAGUGGCUGUUUAUGCCAGUGAUAAAAUAAUUAACUUUGUCAGAUGACAUGGUUGGGGCUAAACAGGUUUGAAUGUGUUCUGGGUUCUCUCAUUGGAGGUAUAGGUAUGAUGGGGGAUAAGCACUGAGAUGUGUCAUGCAUGAGACACACACAGAGAAAGGCAACUUCAGAAAGGGUCAGAGGAAGGCAGUGGCACAAUUCCUGGUCACAUUGCACUGAGUUUGUGUCCCAAUGGAAUGAACCACUGAAGUGUUUUAAGUGGGAUAGCUCAGUCAGUAGAGCAUGAGACUUACUCUUAGGGUUAUGGCUUCGAUGCCCAUGUUGGGCAAAAAGAUUCCUACAUUGCAGGGGGUUGGACUAGAUGACCCUUGUGGUCCCUUCCAAUUCUGUGAUUCUCCAGAGUGCUACAAUAGGGCAGUGGAAUCACUAUACAAAAGGAGUUGCUUUGCCCCAGCUGGUGCAGAAAGGAGUUUGUUCCAAGACAACUGUAAAAAUCAGAAAUGUCAUAAACGAUUGGCAGGGAGGUAUUAUCCUUUCAGACCUGUUAUACACAGUUUUAUGCCACAUUUUCUGAAUUUCUCUAAAAUGUGGAAUAGAACAUUAUUCCUUUAGAAACUCCUUCAUCAUAUUUUGUUAAAUUGUUUCAUGGCCAGGAGACUGUACAGUGGUACCUUGGGUUACAGACGCUUCAGGUUACAGACGCUUCAGGUUACAGACUCCGCUAACCCAGAAAUAGUACCUCGGGUUAAGAACUUUGCUUCAGGAUGAGAACAGAAAUGGCGCGGUGACGGUGCGGCGGCAGUGGGAGGCCCCAUUAGUUAAAGUGGUAUCCCAGGUUAAGAACAGCUUCAGGUUAAGAACGGACCUCCAGAACGAAUUAAGUUCUUAAUCUGAGGUACCGCUGUACAUGUAAUUUAUAUAUAGCAUGUAAAUUUUGAUCUAAAGUCUUACCGUAAGCAAGGUUAACUGUCAGGGACUUUCAGGGCUCUGAAGAGUGUGGGGCAGAGGCAGAGGACCCAGGGGAGUAUCUCAGGAGAUGAAACCAGCAAUUUAUGGGGUUUGACACUGCCUGCAAGGCAGGAGCCAGAGCGGGGGGAGGAGGAAGAGUCAGGGUAGUCCAAGACAGAGGAAGGCACGCAGGCUACGGCAGAAGAAGAAAAAGAGGCUGCUCAGAUGACAGAUGGGUCUCCUAAAACCCCUCUGCCUCCUAAAACAAAGAGAAACUUGAAGCAGCAAGAACAACUACAACUUCUGUGCAGGAGAAGUCUCAGACUGUUGGUGCAUCAGAGGAAGGUGUAUAACCAGGCCAGGCGGAGGGGGCCUCGCUUUUGCUGCAGGGGGCAGUCGCCUAGUGGCUAGAGCAGACAAAGGCGAACUCGGUCCUCCAGAUGUUUUGGCGCUACAACUCCCAUCAUCCCUAGCUAAUAAGACCAGUGGUCAGGGAUGAUGGGAGUCCCAAAACAUCUGGAGGGCUGAGUUUUCCUAUGCCUGGGCUAGAGGCAUGUGUGUGCGUGUGUAUCUGGAGCACUGCAGGAGUUGCUGUAAGUGCUUCUUCUGUACAUAAAGACUUUGACAAUCAGACACAUGCUUGCCUUAGCUGGGGUGGGCCAGGACACUGACAUAUUGCUACUUAAGCAAGAGCAUCUUAAGCCUUUGGAUCUUCAAUUUAACUUAAAUUUGUUUGUCUCUAUACUAGGAUAUUAUUUCAUGGUAGCUUUAAAAAAACUCAUGAUUUUUCUGCUAUAGACAUGGUGUACGUGGGAACAGUUUAGACUGAAAAAUCUGCGCGUCUCAAGAAUGACAUCAUAUAAGACAGUUGGUAAAGCAGUUAGCUGUCAAAACAGGUAGGGAUAGUAAACAAAUCUCUUUUUUGAGGAAAGGACAAAGGUUUAAUAAUGGGUAUGGUUAAAAUGUAGAAUAAAAGUUGAAUGGCUAUAUUUAUAAAGUUAAUAAUAUCUAGCUUUGCUCCCAUGUAAGAAAGAAUGGAUCAGAUAUGAAGUGAGGAGUUGUGGGAGACAAUUCUUUCUAAAUAUUUUCUUUCACUGCCUUGAGGAAAAUAUGGCCUAGUUUUUAAGCAUUCCAGGUUCAAAGUAGAAUUGCUGUUUGCCAAUAGAUAUAGAGUGGUUUGGUGAUGGGUGAUAUAGCAUGUUUUUCCCCUGGAUAUCCAAAUGAAUUGAUCCAGACUAAAUUUCUCUGAAACAACUGCUAGUUGGCUUGGGGCCAGGAAUCCUUCUCUUUUCUGCAGUGAAUAACUUGUUUUUACACAAUAAAAUACUUGUGAUAAAAGCUCAUCUGAAUAAAGCUUAUGAUUGUUGGGAAACCUCAUCUGGUAAGAUUUUUUGUCUUGAAAUUUUGAGUUUGAGUGAAGACUAAGAGUAAUCUCAUAUAAUUUCUGUGCUACCUUUUAUUCCUCAUUUAAUUCAGGGAACUCCAGAUUUGAAGAAAUAUCUGACAGUGAGUUCAGUUGUGUGUGGCAAUCUACACAACUGGACAUCUGUGUUGGGUAUUGAGGUCACUUUGUGAUGGAUACAACAUUUGGUGUUGGCAUCUGUCUGUCUCUGGAGACAAUAGAUGAGUAUGCCUUUGCAGGUGAAGUCAAACCGUUGGAAGAUUACAACGCCUGCUGUGGCUGUAGAGACCACAGAGAUACAGUGGUACCUCGGGUUAUGUACUUAAUUCAUUCCGGAGGUCCAUACUUAACCUGAAACUGUUCUUAACCUGAAGCACCACUUUAGCUAAUGGGGCCUCCUGCUGCUGCUGCGCCGCCGGAGCACGAUUUCUGUUCUCAUCCUAAAGCAAAGUUCUUAACCUGAAGCACUAUUUCUGUGUUAGCGGAGUCUGUAACCUGAAGCGUACGUAACCCGAGGUACUACUGUACAUGUUUAGUUGCAGCUGGGGCAGAUGCACCAUGGCAUUUCUUCUCUCUGUGCUCCUCCCAGCAGUCAUUCCUCCUCUGGCCACUGCUAUGGAUGCAUGACCUGACUGGCUGUCUCCAGGCACCACAAUUGUCUUCAAGAGAUUCCCACAUGGUGGGGUUGGCAUUGCCAGCCUUCAUGUCACGAUUGCAGGUAUCUUUGUAACACAGAGAGUUGGUCUGCCAGCGGGCUUAGUUCCUGAAGCCAGCUCCCUGUAAAGCACAUCCUUGGGGAUCCUGCCAGCUUUCAUUCUGUGGCCAUGACCAAGCCAGCAUAGAUGUCGCUGAGACAGGAGUGCAGACAUGCUAAGACUGUGGGCUUGGGAGAGCACACCUUUGUUUGAGACUCUGUCCUGCCAUGUGAUGCCCAAAAUCUUCCUGAGGCAGCACAUGUGGAAGGCAUUGAGGCGUCGCUUCUGGCGGUUGUAAGUUGCCGACAGAUAGUGUACUCAGCAUACAAGCCUGGUAAACCUUCUUCUUGGUACUAGAUGUUAGCAUCACAUUCUCCCAUACCCUUUUGGAGCAACAUUGAGAAAUACAUAUAUAGUUUGUUGCAGAUGAGAUGGGGGGGGGCAGGUUUCAUUUGAAGACUGAACUUUAACCAUAGAGUUGUAGCCCAUUCUCUCACAUAUUUUGUGUGACUACACAAGUUCACUUGAGAAUGGGAGAUACUGUGGCAUUUUUGUUAACACUUCUACAGUGAUGGAUGGCUUCGGGAUAUGUUAAGUUAAAAAUAUUAGUGUGUAAUGAGGUUUCUCAUUUUUAUUUGAACUCAUUUCCCCCCUCAUGAGAUUAGCUGCUAUUUUGCUGGAAAUAAAUUAAAAUGCUUUAAAAUGCAGUAAACAUACCUUCUGGAAGUAAGCAUUCCUUCUUUAAUUUGUCUUCUGACAUAACUGAGGUUUGGGAAGGUAUAUGCCAAUCCUGUAUUUAUAUGACAAAUUACAUAUAAUUUAAACUGCUAAUGGUUUCAGCUCUCUACUUACUUGAGUGUGCCAUUUAUCUAAACAUACAUGCAUUUCAUUAUCUGAGUGAUACUGAAUUAGGCUGUCAAGACAUACUGGACACUGAUAUCCUCAAAGGCAUAUGGAAGAGUUUCUGUGUUGCGGAAAAUAUUUAUCAUAAAAAACCAUGCUAUCAUAAAAAUAGCUUUCAUGGUGGCUUACAAAAUUUUAGAAAGAAACAAAAUACAAGAAAUGGGAAGGAACACCAUCAUAAAACAAAAUGUAAAAUCUUAGGAGGAUAAGAAGGUCUUUGCCUGGCACUGGGUAGAUAGUAUCAUGGGUGCCAGGCAAGCUUCUAGUUCCAAAAACGGAGUGUCAUAGCUAAAAAUCCAGCCCAAAUUGCCACAUGCCUCAGCUCAGAUAGCAGCAUACCCAGAGGAGAACUUUGGCAUCUGAUCUCAGUAAAUGAGCAGGUAAAGGUAGUGAUAGGCAUUCCUUUGAUUCCAGGUUGUGGCAGAAAUGGUCCUGAGUGCUCAAGGUGGAAGAGAAGAAGAAUGGAACUGCCUGAUCAAGAUACAUGCUUGUGUAAAGCCAAUUAUUUUCUGUGGCUCAUGGAAAGGAAGGACCAGGAGAAAUAGUGCUGUUGGUUGCAGAGGGUUUUGUUUAAAUCAAUUAAUACAGAAUCCAGUAGUCCAGUCAGAGCCUAUAAUUGCUGGCCUUCUCCCCUUGAUUUUUGUGCACUUCCAGUUUCCUCAUCUCUGUUGCACUGACGUAACUCUUCUCUGUUGUGCUAUAUUUCUGGGCAUCCAGCCUUUACUAUAUUCAGUGGUGAAGUUUCUGUGCGUGGAUCCCCAUAUUGGAUGCUAUAAUUGUAUUCUACAAAUGUAUUCAUAUUUCUCCCUUUGCUUUUAUAAAACUUCGAUGGGUGGGGAGUUCAAAUUCUGAAAAGCUUUAAAUAAGAGCUCAGAAUAAAUAAUUCAAAUGGAACAUUAAAUGAAAAAAUCAUUUCAUUUAGUUCAGAAUGUCCUUUUUCUUGUUGGAUCUUGAAUUUCCUUGGUACCACACGAGAGCAACUCUUUAUACAGCACACAAAAUAUACAGAUAGACAGCACUUUAAUACUUAUGCUUAGCAUAAUCAUAUUGAUUUCCUGAUUUCAUUCCUUGGGGUAUCAAUAUUGAUUAUACAUUUUGUUAAAUAAAAUAAACUAGUGCAUGCUGUUUGUUUUUAGCUGCAUCUAAGCAACUUACCUCUCCAUCAACAACUGAUGUAACUUUGUGUCUAAGAGUUUGAGAUGAAAUUUUGCUAGAUGACUUUAGCAAGUCUCUGUUAUCAGCUUUAUAUCAGCUUCCUAUCUGCAAUAUGUAGGAAUAUUAUUGUUGGAUUGUCUUACAGAAAUAUGAUGUAAAGAAUGCUCAGUCCUGAGCUACAUGCCGUGGGGGGUGUGUGGGAACUACCAAACUACAUCCCUCCUCUCUCAAUGUAAAGUAAAGGGUGUGUUUGUGUUUGUAGAAAUGUGACAGUGACAUCAUAUUAGUGUUUUACAGGUCUGCUUAAUUGGCUGCCACUUGUAGGGGCAGGGAAAACAUGAAUGUGAUGUCAUCUCAUACUUUUUCCAUCUGCACAUUAUGGGGGAGACAUGAAUCCGUUCUCUUUAAGACAUUUAUGUACAAGCACCAAACCAGGAGAUUCCUGAAAUCACCCCUCCCCUCCGAAAUCUGCAGUGAAACUGGGUUGUCUCUUGUUAUCUUCAUGCUUUCUGGUUGGAAGUAGCAGGUAAUGGUUGAAUUGUGAAGCCGGAUUAAAUCUUUUGUAAUUCAACAGAUAUUACUAGGGUAUUUGGGUAUCCUUUUCUCACUUUAAAUCUACUUCAUUAAGAGCAGAUAGAGCCUUCUGUGUGAGAUAUUUCUGAUAAUGAAAUGCAUAGAUUGCUGUAACAUGAGUGUGUAUAGCUGCAGAGCAGCAUUUUUUUGUCCAUUGGGAGAUAAGACUGCUUCCAUAGUAUUGCCCUCCUGCAAUGUCUUUUUAUUGUUUAUAUGUAGGAGGGGUGAAUGUAAUUUCAGAAUUUACAAUCUUUCCAGGCACAAUAACUACCUGAAGGUCAUUUCUGAUAAGGCUGGAAAAUUAAGAAAUCAUUUUAUAAAAUUGGCUUUUUUCAUGGUUUAUGAACAAAGCAGUAUUGAAGUGUUGGAAGUGAAACAAAAUGGUAUUGCACUGUGCAUUAGAAUAUGUUUGAACGAUUGCUACUAUUCUGUAGGUAUGAGGCAGGCUAUAUUGCUAUCAUCUGCAUAGGAAGUUGGUUAGGAAUAUUGGGAUUUAAAAAUAUGCCUAGAAAUAUGCUCAGUGAGAGAAUAGGAAAUAAAUUGCCUUGUUGUGUUAGUUUUGGUACAUGAUGUGUACACAACCACAACUACUUUGAAGUUGCAUACUGAUGAAUAUUGGAGUUGCAAACAACCUUAACUAGAAGAAAGCUGGGUUGUUGCUGUACCAGGCUGUCUUCUUAUCUGACUUUUUCUGCCUCAAGGAUGACUUGCUCUAUAAGGCAGAAGGAACUUGGGAAACUUGGCAUGUGGCCUGAGAUGGCAGUGGUCCUUCUCAGUUAACAGCCACCAGAGCACCAUGCUGUGUUUCCCAGAUAUUCAACACAGUGGGGAGUUUGGGUUUGCUACUUUCUCCCACUUCUUCUCUUGGCCUCUGAAGGCAGCCCUGUUUAGGGAAGUUUUAUUCUGUUUUUAAUGUUCUGUUGAAAGCCAAACAGCGUGGCUGGGGAAACCCAGCCAGUGUAGAAAUAAUAUAUUAUUAUUAUUAUUAUUAUUAUUUUAUUAUUAUUUUCUUUUCUUUUCUUUUCUUUUAUUGAUUGGCCAGGAACCACAGAAGGAUGCUCUGUUAACUGGAAUUAGUCUGUAAGGCAGACAUUGGUCAUGCUCGUCUGUGGCUUAGGUCCAAGCUAUCUGAAAGACCAUAUUCCCUCAUAUACACCAGCUUUGGUUUUGAGAUUCAGGAGAGGCCCUUCUCUCAGUCCUGCCAUUCUCACAAACAUGCUUUGUAGGGGCACGGGAGAGUUGUAUUGGCUGGGCAUAAUUAUAUGAAAAUCGAAUGUGUGAGAAUUUUCUGUAUGUAUCUUCAUAAACCUACAAUGAUAACUAUUGCUUUGGAAUUUAUUUUUUGUUAUGAAGAAAAGUCUCUCUGUUCCUUUGAUGUGCAGUGUAGAGAAGCAGUAGCUGACUGUAAAACAAGUUCACAUUGCUAAUGAAUCAAAUAACUUUCCUCCCUCCUUUCAAGUGUUAUCGUUCCGCAGCUUCUAUAAAACUGUGUUUUGACCCAGAUGCUAUGCUUUAUUGGGCUUUCUUUUUCUUAAAUUUAACUAGUCCUAGACUGAUGUCUCUCUAUGAAAGACUGGAAAGAGGAGGUGAACCAGGCUGCAGAGAAUUCUGGCUGGAGUAUAGGGUUGCUAUCCUACCUACAAACUUCCCUUGCUCAUGGAUUGCAGCUAAGGAUAUCUACUACUACACCCAUGGCAUUGGUGUUGGCUCAAAACUGCUAAUAAGAACUGGUUAGCAAAAACCGGGAAAACCACAUAUCAGCCACCCUCAGACAUAAAGUUGAAAAAAGUACACGGGGAAGACAAGUAGAGCAAAAGAGUGCUUGCUCUGGCAGCACAUGUACUGAAAGUGGAACGAUACAGAGAUUAGCACAAUUGUUGUUGUUUAGCCGUUUAGUCGUGUCCGACUCUUUGUGACCCCAUGGACCAGAGCACGCCAGGCAUUCCUGUCUUCCACUGCCUCCCGCAGUUUGGUCAAACUCAUGCUGGUAGCUUCGAGAACACUGUCCAACCAUCUCGUCCUCUGUCGUCGCCUUCUCCUUGUGCCCUCAAUCUUUCCCAACAUCGGGGUCUUUUCCAGGGAGUCUUCUCUUCUCAUGAGGUGGCCAAAGUAUUGGAGCCUCAACUUCACAAUCUGUCCUUCCAGUGAGCACUCAGGGCUGAUUUCCUUAAGAAUGGAUAGGUUUGAUCUUCUUGCAGUCCAUGGGACUCUCAAGAGUCUCCUCCAGCACCAUAAUUCAAAAGCAUCAAUUCUUUGGCAAUCAGCCUUCUUUAUGGUCCAGCUCUCACUUCCAUACAUCACUACUGGGAAAACCAGUUAGCACAUUAGCACAAUUAGAGCAGCAGAAACCCACCUAUGGAGGAGGGAGUCCGCAUGAUGUUGGACUCUUGAUUCCCAUCAACCCCAGCCAGAACAGCCAAUGGUCAGAGAUGAUGGCAGUUGCAAUCCAACAACAUCCAGAGGGCUACAAGUUCUCCGAGCAAUGCUGAUGCAGGAAGCUCAUCCACUUAGCACCCAGUUGUGUGGUAUCCAUUGUCUCUUGGAGGGCUUGCUGGGUGUGGAAGUCAAGGGUCCAGAGGGAAAAGAAAGAAGAAAAGACCUGGAAAAAUUGCCUCUUAAAGUCUCCUGAACAUGAACACCCCCCUUUUCUUAUUGUCAGUUGAGCUGCCUGCUGUAUCCACCACAGGAAAUAUGUAAUAGAAACUAGCACUAAGAUCUCUGCAGAUUAUUUGACUUAACGUUUUCUUCCCUCACAUGGGCCAGUGCAACAACGAUACCUGACAUGUAUCCCUGCUAGGAACACACCCUUUGAAAAUGUAUUGAUCUAAGAAGAUCGUAUUGAUCUAAGAAGAUCCUAAGGCAACUGAGCAAGAGAUGCCUGCGAUGGUGGGAGUGGUAGAGGCCUUUGACAAGCAGCUUCACUUGAUUGUUUCAUGGGAAGAAGCUUGUGUAAUCCAAGUGUGUGGCUGGAUCUUAAUUAACAAAGACUGCUGUGUCUCCCCAGGUUUUCAACUGGCAGAGAGCAGAAGGACUCCGGCUACUUCCUGGCUGCUUUUUAGCUUCUUGUUUGGACAAGAAGGAUGGGUCCUUAGGAUGGGUGGUGGGUGCACCACCAUUUCCCCCCCAUUUAGUAUCCAUCUCAUGAAAAUGUACCUUUCUGUAGAGGAAGACUAUGCACUUUCUACUGAUCUAAAGGGGAUAUGUCAGAGAGAUUUCGGAUGCAAGCUGAUGGUAGGCCAGACAGCCAUGAAAUCCCAGAGCCAGUACUACUAUGACCAGUGGGAAGAAAGGCAGGUUCAUUUGCCUGUAAAGUUGUGGGGAUUUUUGCUUCCUGCACAUCUUUCAUUAAAAAAAAAGUUCUUAGACCUUAUGGCUAUGAAGAAGUGUAGUGUGACCCAGGACCACCUACAAGUUUUAUACUUUUUUACAACCUAAUGUACUGUGUCCAUACCUUUUUUAGUUUUGGGAGUUUUAUUCCCCCCCCCCCCAUUGUAUUGGAUGUUGUGUUGUAAUAGUGUUUGCUUUCUUGGGAGGAUAAUAUCUAGAAAGGCAGCUUAUUAAUGCUUGAAAUAAAACAAAUGAAAAUAAAAACCCCAGAGCCAACAGGCUUUUGCUAUUUUGCAGUACAAAUCAGUGGUAUCCUUGGGAUUUGGUGGAUCUGAAAAUGUACCCAGCUGACCAAACUAGUCUGUCUAUCUUUAUGGACUUGCCACACUCUUUGACAGAUAUUAUUAUUAAUAUUGUUUGUUUGUUUGUGGCAGAGUUGUUUGCCUGUAUUAUCUAACUUAUUGGUAUCAUUUACUAGUUAGAAUAUUGCUGAUAACCUAUUUCUUGGUUUCCUCUGUAUGUCUGUCUGCCAGUGACUAAAAAUAGCCCUGGCUCCAAUUACUUGUAGACAGUUGUUGAAUCUAAGACUUUUUUCUUUUAUUAGGUCAUGUGCUAUUAAGUUGUUGUUAAUCUGGGGCCAUUUUUAGUUAGAUCAUAACAUGAACCCCAUGAUCGAUAUUUUUAAGGUUGCUUCUACCAAAUCAUUUCUACAUAUUUUCUACUAUAUAUUUAAAGUUUUGUAUUGUAGAGAUUGCAAUUUCGGGUGAACAGAUUAAUAAGAGCUUUGCUCCAGACUACUGGAUACUAUUGAUGGUAUAUUAAGUGCAACAGACUCAACUAAUUAAUGCAUAUGGGCAGUUACCUAUGGAGUGAACAUUUUAAAAAUCUGUGCUGUACCUAAGAGGUAGAGGAGUUAAUGCAAGUGAAUGUGUCCUUGAUUUGACAGUGAAGGAGCAAAGAGCCAACUUCACUAGUCUACUCUAAUUUAACUCUUUACAACUUACUGGUAAUAAGCAAAUACUCAUCAAAAACUACAGUAAAACCCCUUGCCCUUCAAAACAUACUUUUCUGUUGAAUAUGUGUUUUCAGAAUGGCUUCCCCAAGAUGAACUGUUGUUGCUCUGGCUUAUUGAGAGCCUGAGACAUAUUUCAGCUUCUUUUUGGUUUUGGUUUUUCUUGCAAGUUUCCAGUGUAAUCAGAGUUGGCCUAAUAAGUUUUUCUGCUUGGGGUGGGGCAGCAAAUGACAUUCCUCAACCGUUGUCGAGGUACAUAGUACCCAAAGUCAAGUUUAUUUGGCACCUGAGAGAGAAAACCACACAAGUGCUGUUUCUCCUCUGUGGUAGUAAAAUGAUCUAAUAAAUACAAUAGCCGGCAAUUUUCAUGACUCUUCCUGAUGGUAGUAGGACUGGCCCUAAUUAUCAUUCACAGGAAUGUAUCUAACAAAGUACUGUAGACAGCUGUAUUUUCUGGACAGAGAACCAUGCGCAAAUAUGCCUGUUCUAAAGACAUUGUCAUCUUGAUAAUCUGAGUUGUUGCUACAGCAGCAGUUAACUCUGUGAUAAAGCACUUGACUGCUAAAAUAACUUUUCCCAUCUUGUACCUACCUAUGCAGCAUUUUGGGUCAUUAGUGCUGUGUCAUCAGCAGUCAUUUUUACUUAUUUAUUUCAAAAUAUUUAUAUACCUCAAAGUGGUUUACAAAAAGAGCAAACAAUGAAAUUAUCAGUAAGAUAGAUAAGAUAAUUUAUUACGGUCAAAGACCAGCUCUGAAAUUAUCAGUCAAAAACACUUUAAAAAUCAGUAUUGAAAAUAUUUUUUUUAAAAAAUCUAUAAUCAACAGGAAGCUUAACAGAAUAAAACAUAUGAAAACUUGGAUAGGCUUCCCUAAACAUAAAUGUUUUUACCAGGCAUGAAAGACACUGUGGUCAUCUACCAAACCUGUACUAUGGCACAAAUGCUGGUGGAGAAACUUGCAUGUUUCAUUAAAGGCCUUUGGGGGGGGGCAUGGAAUCCGAAGUACUUACUUUGACACAAUCCUACAUGUAUGUAGGAUUAUAGUAGUGAUACAGCUGAUCACCAUACUUACAUUCUGCUACUUUACAUACAAAGCCCUAAGUAGCUACGGACCAGGUUACUUGACAAACUGUGUAAGGCCACUGUAGUCAGCUAAUGGAGCCCAAGUCAGUUUUGCCAUUGUCUGAUGGUUAUCUUCAUGGAGUCAGGCUUUUUCACUGGUGGCACCAGUGUUAUGGAAUGCCCUCCUUGCUGAAAUACAAGAUGCCCCAUCAAUGCUGGCCUUCCAGUGGCUCCUGAAGACACACUCGUUUAGACAAGCAUUCCCCCCAACCACACUUUGGGUUUUAUUUUUUGUUUUGUAAACUUUGGUUAAUUCAGUUGUUUGGUUAAUUCAGUGGAAUUGACUGAAAACAAAUAAGCAUCUGAUUUCCUUAAUAAAUAUCUUAUUACAGAAGCAAAUCGUUUUACCUUCCCCUGUAACUUGUGGCGGACUAUCUUGCUUGAUAUAGCCGUUUGGAAAUACAGUGGUACCUCGGGUUAAGUUCUUAAUUCGUUCUGGAGGUCCGUUCUUAACCUGAAGCACCACUUUAGCUAAUGGGGCCUCCAGCUGCCGCUGCACCACCAAAGCACGAUUUCUGUUCUCAUCCUGAAGCAAAGUUCUUAACCUGAAGCACUAUUUCUGGGUUAGUGGCGUCUGUAACCUGAAGCGUAUGUAACCUGAAGCAUAUGCAACCCGAGGUACCACUGUAGUUACUCAUACAAGCACCUUUCUGUACUGCACCUGCUUUUUUGUGGUUUUGUGAUACAUUAUAGCCUGGAUUGAAUAGGCUGGCCUAUCAUGGGCUGGUUGAUUGCACGGUACUUGCAAACAGAGGGUUGGGGUAAAUAUUGGUCCUUUCCACUAUUAUGCCAAAGCUGUAUUAUAGAAUCAAUUAUGUUUCAUACUGACAGUGUUAAGUUAUACUAGCAGCUAUUUUCACAUUUGUUUGGGAGAAGGAUACUCUGUCCUACUGGUAAGAAAUAUCCCCCACUGUUUCUAAUUAAGUGAAAUGUAAGCUAUGGAUCUUUCAGGAUAGGAUUUCUAUGAUCAAAUGUGAAGACUGCCUAUUUAGUACUAGCAUUUUCUUGAUCAUGCCUAAUUGUUUUUAGUGUGGUCAUAGUUUACUUACAUACCACACGUCCCCCGAUUUGUUCUCAAAAGUGAUUUACAAAAAAAAGCUAACAAUAAUACAGUAUCCAUAAUACAUAAUUAAAAUUAUAAUAUCACUACAACACUAAAAGUUUAAUAAUUAACAAUUUGUUUAAAAUAUAUCAAAUAAAAUUAAGUAUGCACAAAGCUUCCAAAAGGCUCGUUUAUAGCUGCAAAUACUCCUAGAACUAAUUGCAGUAAGUAGUAACUAGUAAUCCCCCCUCCCUUUUGCAUAUAGACUGAAAAGACACAGUUCCUCUGUCAGCAGCUUCCUUAUGAAGACUCCUGGAGCAGGAGGAAGCAACUAUCCUCUGAUGGCAAACAUCAUCACCCUCUCCCCGCUGCAUGAAGUACAUAUUUAUACAUUGAUAUGGGAUGCAUUGCCAUCCUCUCCUUUGUCUAGGAGAGAGAAUAACAACGGGUUUUGUUUUUAAGAGUGAAUUGCGCCAUUAACUUUAUGACAUUCAAGUCUCCUGUUCCUUUUUAGAAAGAUUUAUGCUUAUCAGGUAAGCUUGAGUUGUCAUAUUUUUUCCUUGUGCCAUUGUUUUGAAUUGAAAUUCUACCCUUCAGGUUGAAUAGAGUCUUUGUUUUAUGGUGCAUAAAAUUAUAGGAAGGGUCAGUAAAUAACUAGAUCCCUGCUCUUAGACUGACCACCUGCAGUUGUAGGUCUAACCCAGGCCUUUCCUUGUGGCAGCCUGUCACUUUAAGAUCACCCAGUCUCUAUCUAGACCUCCAUCAUCUGCAAGUGGGCAAGUCAUGACUCCCUUCAGCCUCUGUUUAAUACACAAACUGCAGAAUGGGUUAAGUUGUGACAGAGAGAUGACAAAUCCACAUAGCCCAUCUUCCACUUUCCAAAAGGUGUCAAGCCCUGUCCCUAACUAAGCAUCACUCAUAAAUCGAGGCCCACAUGGGUCAAUGGUUGAAAACUGACUGUUGCCUAUUAUUCAGUUUCCCUCUUCUUCCAGCUGACUGUCGAUGCUUAUCCACUACACAUGAGAUGACUCAAAGCCUGUUUGUAAGUAGCUGCUAUAAGAUAGACUUGAACUAAACCCUUUACUUUCUUGAACACUUUACCGAAACACAUUCUGCCUCUUCCAUUUGUCCUCUUGCUUUUUAUUCUUAAUAAACUUCAUAAAACUGGCUGUUUGGGACUUGUUUGCAUUUCUGCCAGACUGAAAGAGAUUUUCCCUUUACAGUGGUACCUCUAGUUGUGGACUUAAGCUGUUUGCACCCCGAAAAGUCCGCAACUAGAGCGCCCCUUCUGCGCAUGUGCGUGGCAUGAUCAAGUGCUUCUGCAUGUGCCUGAAGCCCACAGAUAGCUUCUGCGCUGGCGUCGAACCUGGAAGUAAACACUUCCGGGUUUGCCAUGUUCAUAAGUUGAAAGUCCGUAACAAGAGCGGAACGCGAUAUGAGGUAUGACUACAUGCAUAGACCAUUUAGUCCAUUCUACUUGCAGUAUAAGUGGGGUUUGAUCGAUAAAAGCAAGCUAUCAUUGGCUACUGCGAAGUCCAAAUAAGCUGAAUGCUCCCUCUGUUAACCCUCAUAAGUAUUUGCCUUGUACCUCAUGGUCUCACUUCCAUUUGGUGUAGAGGGAAUAUGGUGGCAGUCUAUCUGAGGUUCCCUUGCAUGGUUGAACUACCUAGACUGGCAGUUGUGGAAGGAACAAAGUAAAAGGUCCCCCUUCCAUUACAGUAGGUAGUGUAAUUUCAGCUGCUUUUUUAUCCUUUCAUUGUGAAGAACAAGUAUACAUGGUCUGUUUUGACUUGCAUCUUAAAAAAACAACGUUAUAUGGAAACAACAUGUUGUACAAGUUGCACUCUUGAUAUUUUUUUACAAGGAUGGAAAUCUGUUAUAUUGUGACAAAACUGAAGUGCAUCAGAUUAAAACCAGGGUCAAAGUUAGGAUGUGAACUCAAGUGCAAGAUUUUAGUAUUGCGAUAUAAAUCUUAAUUGUGCAGCAAGGUUAUCUUGUCAUAGCACAAGUUCAAAUGCACAUGUGCUUUUCUGGUUUCUCCUAUUUUAAUUGCAUCAUAAAACAUGCAACAUGAUCCACAUAAAGCUAAAAUGUUCUGAAGUAGUUGCAGUUAUUGUAGAAGUGUUCAUCAAUUAUUUAAGUCCAUUAAAAUCCAGAAGAAGAUAUUGUCCUGUGUUCUGAUGGGAAAGCCUAUUGUAUAUGUUUCUAUAUAGUAAUCGCCAUGCCGCUCCAUUGUAUCAUUUUCCAAUGGCUUGUGGGAGAGGACAAUGAGAUGAGGGCAUCACAGUCUGAUUCAUUGGGUUGCAGGUGCACCAGCCCCCUCUUCUUCCCUGGUUUUGUGUUAUGAGAUAGGGUUCCAAGGACUAGUUAACUUUCCAUGCUAUCAGCAGAGUCAUAUGAAAGAAUCAUGACAAUUGCAUUCCAAGUUUAUUUCCUUCCUCCAAAGUAGAGGACCAAAAGUGACAAGACAGCAGUAUUCAUGGCUGCUGUUGCUGCUGAGUAUGAAAGAGCCAGAAGUUGCACGCCAGGCAGGGCAGAGCCACCAUGCCAGCUUUCCUGAUGGUGCAUCAAUGUUGAUUACUAGGAGGGAGGGGUGGCGUUGUGAGGAGGCUGACAGUAAGCUAGCAUACUGGGUUUGCCCUACUCAGCAAGGUGUUUCCGUCACCAGUAUGUUCAUGGUACCAGGAGAAGCAAGCGAGUCACUGUGGUGUGGGUUCUCCGAUACCCAAGCGAACAUGUUUGAAUGAGAUGACCGCUUGAGGAAAACUGUACUGGCAUCAUGGUUACUUCUCCAUGCGAUUAUUUCCUUCAAAUAUAGCUGAGCAGGGUGGGAGCAGCUGUAAAAUAGCAGUUGACAUAAAACUUCUGGUAGCCUACGGGUCAGGCCUGGGUUGAGUGCUGGUGGCAUGUUUCCAGUUCAGCCGACUUCAUCCCUCUCUGUGCAAGGGAAGCCAAUUCAACCAGAGCCUAAUGAGUAUCCUGACAAUUGUCUAGGACCAUCUACUUAUGCCACUGUGCUGUAAACAAUGCCUUGAUUCUGUAUUACAUUGAGUCAGCAAAUCCUCCAGAGUUUUGGAAUCCUGCUGGCUUUGGUUCUGUCAGGGUCUGUGCAGGAGCUAGCCAACUGGGUCUACCAUAUACAACAAUAAUAUAAUUAGAUCAUUAGCUUUUUACAACAGUGGUGUUUAUGUAACAACCUACAUUUAAUUGCAUUUUUCCAGGUUCAUACAGAGCAUUAAAGGCCAAACAUGUCCUGCUGGUAUAUAUAUUGGUCCUCACAUUAGCUGAGAAUUCCUCAGUUGUCAUAGUUGCUUGUAACAACCUUAAUUUGGUCAAUUGUUCCUAGGCUAGAGCAAUUUUUAAAAUAUAUAUUUCUUGCCUGCCCUCCAUCACAUUAUAAAAUAAAUAAAAGAAUCACAACCACACAUAUUUCCAGUUCCAAAGCAUUUGCACCAGAGUUUAGUAGCUAAGGUGAUUGGGCUCCUGGAAUUUUUCCAACGUUUAGAAUUGAUGUGCUAACAAAUUUCAUUAAAAAUGUAUAUAUAAUCUUAUCUGGUAUUAAAAACCAGUGUGGUAGUAGUUUCAAAUGUUUAGCUUUGGUGGGGAAGGCGCUAUUGUGUGGGGGUGAGCACCAUCUUUGGCAAGUUCAGUACAGUAAUAGUAACUUUUGCCAUUUUUAGGGACAUAUGCCGCAUGCUUUGAAUGCAGUGCCAUUGUGGCACUAGAAAAUACCUGCAGGAGGUGAUUAGAGGCCACAUGAGAGAACAUUCAAGUGGUAUAAUUCCUGUACUAAGUUGGGGGAAUCUCAUGUAAAUGGUUUUUCUCCCUCUGCGUGCAGUAAUUACCUUAGUCUGGUUUUACUCCAUCUGUCCUGAUUUGCUGUUUAUAAAUGGGCUUCUUUCCAAUAUUUCUGUUGCUGUAGCUUUUUUUCUUUUUUGCUUAAUAUUUGUUUGCUUAGUGGUGUAGUAUUUGCUUUUGUAUCUGUUUUACAUAUGAGACUAUGCAAUCUCCCUUAAAAAUAAAGCAAACCGCCACCCCCAUCUCAUUAUAUCCUUAGUAGUCAAUUCCUGCGAAUUUGAUCCUUUGGUGGGGGGGCGGGGCAACCUGUGAAUAUCAAGGGAAAAUCAGAUCGUCAUGAUAUUAACUGAGAAAUCAGGUUUCAGGGUAUGUAGCCAAGUAAAUGUGUUGUGCUCUGGGAAAUAGCUGAGGAGGACAUAACAGGCCCAAUACACUGGGGUCACAGCACCUUUGUCUAGCUAGGAAGCUUUGUUCUUUCAGCUGUGUCCUUUGUUUCAGCCUCAUUUCUUUUCAUACGUGAACAGCUUUCAUUGACAUAUACAAAAUAAAUGGACUCCAGUAGACAAGUCUGGAGGGAAGAAUCUACUUCCUGCUGAAGAAACCACAGUUGCAACCACAGUUGUCAGUGGCAAGUUUUAAGCUGCAUGCAAAUGGUGUUCCCAUGUGUGGCACUUUCUUGCAUAUACAUGAUUUGAUGAUACUCAGCCCUUUGGGAAUAAUGAAACAUUGCAGUUUGGGGUACCAUAGUAUAUAGUGGUGAGGAAGAACCCUGUCCUACCCUAUUUGCUGCUAGCUGGCUCAGGUUCCACUGACAAGGGCUUUGCAGUGGUGCACAGAGGUACCCUGUUGACCUGCUUACAGGUGUGUGUGAUGUGGCAAUGGUGUCCAAACUUUUUUCAAAGAGGGCCAGAUUUGAUGAAGUGAAGGGCCAUGAGGGCCAACCAAAGUUAACCUUUUUUAAGGAUUGAAGUUGUUGAGUUUUUUUUUAGGAUUUUACCCCAGGAAGUAAACUGCCACGGGGGCUGGAUUAAACCGACUGGCGGGCAAGAUUAGGCCCCUGAAACAGAUUUUGGACACGCUUGCUUUACGGCUGUCAUAAUGAUUGGUAUUUAGCAAGUUACACAGUACAGUGGUACCUCGGGUUAAGUACUUAAUUCGUUCUGGAGGUCUGUACUUAACCUGAAACUGUUCUUAACCUGAAGCACCACUUUAGCUAAUGGGGCCUCCUGCUGCUGCCGCGUUGCCGGAGCCCGAUUUCUGUUAUUAUCCUGAAGCAAAGUUCUUAACCUGAAGCACUAUUUCUGGGUUAGCGGAGUCUGUAACCUGAAGCGUAUGUAACCCGAGGUACCACUGUAAUGUCUUGCCUUAGUCCUAGCUCCCUAAAGUUAUCCAGAACCUCCCAACGGUUCCCAACACUGGUUUUGGUGGAUUGCUUCUGUGUAAAUGAAACUUGCAUCUUUUUUAGAAUAUAUUCACAAAUUAUUUGGAGGCUUUUGUAGAUACAGUACCUUUAAGUAAACAUGAGUUUAUCAUCUAUAACCGCUAGAACAGACGUGACUGGUAUUCAGCGUGAAGGCUUUCACGUUGUGAUCUUUCUGGCUUUUAGCAGUGGAGGUUUUCAGGUGGGCUCUUUGGUGCAGCACCUCUAAACUAAGUGACCAUAUCCAACUUUGAAAAGUUGUUUUUGAGUAGGUAUAUUAUCUGAAGUUUUCAGUGAGGCGAAAGCUCACUUCUCCAUGGGAAAGACCAUGCUUUUGAUACUUAAUAUCACCAAGAUAUCAGAAUGACAGUGUUACUGUAUUUUACUGACAGUUACUUAAAGCCUGUCUUCACAUAGAAUAUUUGAAUUACAUAUCAGUACGUUUAUUUUGCCUUUUGAGUAACUUUAAGGGUAUGAAUAAGGAGACUUCCAGUUUGUGCUGUACUAGCGUUGAGCAGCCUGCCAAAGAGAUCCUCAUUUUAUUCUCCUGUCCUCCUACACAAUAAAACAAGCUUAAGUUUUUCCAAAUUAGGAAAUUUCAUGACUCACACACUUUCACUGUAUAAGCAGCAAUCGCUGUUUCCAGUUCCCACAUCCUUGCAGACAAAUAAGGGACAAAAUAGUUCUCCCCUUUAUUUAAAGAGGAAGACAAUCCUUUUGGGUGGUGGGUUGUGGUGUUGUUUUUGGAAUUAAAACAGACUCUCUCUCUCUCUCUCUCUCUCUCUCUCUCUCUCUCUCUCUCUCUCUCUCUCACACACACACACACACACACACACGGUGUUUUAAACCAAAUUUAAUUCUCUUCUAGUGGCAUUCCAAAUCAUGAUCCCAGUCUGACACCUUUAAUUUAGCAGGAGUUAUUCAGGUCUUCAAAAUUUUUUUGAAAAAUCAAGCUCUUUCCAUUGCAUCAUACCAAAUGUAUAUUUUGACUGAGUGCCUUUUAUCUGAUGAACUUCCUGAAUUCCCUUCUUGCUUGGGUGAAACUUGUCAGACAUCACUUUAUUAGGUCGUUUAUUCUGUGCUAUAAAUGUGCUAUUCUGUGCUGUCUGAUGACUUAGGUUGAAUAUGAAAUUACCUCAGCUGCAGUUGCCUUAGAGUACAAUCCUAUACAUGUCUACUCAAAAGUAAGUCUACUUAUUUCAGUGGGCUUACUACCAGGAAACUUGAAAUUGGAUUGUAGUCAUAGUGUCUGUGUUUUCACAUACCAGAUGCAAAGGAUAGAAAUCUAUUUUGUAAUUGAACUUUUAAUUUUUUUAAAAAAUAUUUAUUGAGAAUUUUAAGAUUACAAAGAAACAAAGAAAAAAAGAAGGAAAAAACAAGUAGCAUUUAAACAAUACGAAUCAAUUAAAAAAAACAAGGUCAAAAAGAGGAAAAAAAAAACACAAUACAUCAAAAUCAAAAAGCAAAAAUAGACAAAAAAUUUAAAAACAAAUCCAAUAUUCCCAAAUCAUUAAUUGUCAUUACCUUGUUUCAUCGACCUCCUCACACCUCCCUUUUUUGUAUUCUAGUUGUUAAUUAUCUCAGCAAAUCCUUUCCAUCUUUCAUAAUAUUCUGUCAUUAAAUUACCUUAAUCUAUUUUAACCUUACCAUAAAAGGCCCUAAAACUUAAAACUUAAAUCUUAUUUAUACCAAAUUCUAUUAACCAUGACAUAUUCUUACAUAAUUCUUAUUAACAUUUCUGCUAAAGCCAAAUAAUUUCAUUCCAACAUUUUUCUAAUACUCUUUACUUUUACAAGAUUUUCCUAAAUAGUUUGUUUAAAACUUUCUUCCAAUCUUCAUCCAACGUCUCUUUCUCCUGGUCUCGGGUUUUGUCAGUCCUUUCUAUCCCAUCCAUCUAGUCCAUCAACCUGGUAACCUUAUAUCCGAGGCCCUUGGAUCUCUUCCAUGUCCCAUCUGCAGAUCUUCUUCAUAUUUAUACCUGUGCUUUACUUUGUCUUCUGCUCCUUUCACUCGGGGAGACUCCAGCUUGACAAUGUUUUUGUCCCUUCUCGACAGAUCAGCCCCUUUUCCAAAGUCAACACUGAACUCCAUAUGGUAUUUAAAAGCAUGUUUCAAAGCCCCUCCAAAGUUAAGGGCCCGCACAACUCCGAACGCCUCCCGGCCCAAAGCCAGACUUGAAAGGUCAAAACAUCCCUGCAUAGGGGGGUCUAUCCAGCCCCCCAUCUCCAAGCCAAACAGAACUCUGUCUCUCCAAAUCUGGCUUUCUCCAGGUUCAUUCGUCAAGUCCAACAACUCAUGUUCCUGCUGGGCCACAGUUCCCUCCAUCUCUGCCUCACUAGGUCCAGCAACAACCUCCUACCUCACCUGAUCUGUCAAGGCACACUCCUGAGUUAUUUCCUGAGUGGGUUCUAAAUAAGUACCCACUGCCUGUCCAAACUUUCCGAUCCCAACAGUCAUCAAAUCCAUCUUCUCAUGUAACUGUUCCAAUAAAGCACUUGUCUUACAAAAGGCCAACACCAGAGCCUCCAAGUACAUUCUUGCUGAAGGUCAGAGUCUGUUCCCACAAUCUUAAUCUAUUGCAGCUGCAAAACUCCCCAGUUCGAAUUUAAUAACCGUUUCACAAGCUCCCUCUAGGGGAAAAAGCUUCUAUUUGUAUCCAUCUCUCUCUCUCUCUUUUUUUUAAAGCAAAUCUAACAACAAAGUUUCCUUUUUCAGAUAUUUUGUCAAUAUUUUGUUCCUUUUAGAUGCGAAGGGGAACAAUGGAAUCAAUAUGUUUCUCUUUUAACUAGCUGUCAAAAACGUUUGUCUAUAGUCAAUGAACUUCCCGAAGAUGUCUGUCCUGACACCCCGCUCCCAGGUUCAGGACGGUGGAGAAUUGUUUUUCUUUACUUGUCUUCUGCAAGUUUAAUCAGUCCAGAAAAAGUUCCCCCCUCUUCUCCUGCUUCCAAGGGGGGUUCAGUAAUUUUAAAUGAUGAAAAUUGAUCCUUUACAAACGAUUUUCUAAGCUCUAGCUUGCCGUGUCUUUGCUUCAAUCUAUUUACAAAAAGUGGAAGGCAGACUUCCUGUUUAUACCUUUCCGCUUCAGUGCCAAAUUAAAGGAAAUUUCUUAUUCCAAUUUUCCGUUCUACUCACGGACAGUUAUUUAGGCUCCAAUUGUCCACAGGAAAAAGUCAGCGCUCUCCGGCAACAGCAAUGCGGCUUCACUCCGUGAAAGAAGCGGUCGAUUCAAGGCACCGCGCCACUCACCCCACGUCACUCCGGAACCUGAAAUCGGGUUUCCCCGCGAGUGGGGGGGCGCAAAGGUACCGGCCGAAUCCCACGUCCACAGGCUUCUCCCGCCUGUGGUUUUUGAUGGGUCUCCGCCUCGCCGUGGCGGUUCAGACCCUGUUUCCACGGAGCGGAUUCCUCCCGAUCGGAGGAAAUCCGCCAUUGCCAGAGGCGCCAACCCGGAAGUUGUAAUUGAACUUUUAAGUGGCAAAAUUGACUUGUUUAAGUUAACAUUAGCUUUGUGAAUGAAAGUGUAACACAAGAAUGGGAUGCCACUGAGAGAGCUGCUAUUUUGCAGGUGGUGAUUUUGACCAUAACAGACAACAGUCAACUGUGUUUCUCCAUGUGUCCCAACCCCCUGAAACAGUUUGGGGUGUGAUUAAAAGGGCCACAGUAUGGGAGCAAGGAAGGGAGAAUCUCAUUGCAUGAUCAAAAUCUAUUCCACACAUAGAUGGGCACAGUUGAAAUGAUUGUUGCCCAUUAUGGUUGAAAUCCUCACCUGCAAAAUCUACUUGUCUGACAUUAGAUAUAAUACAGUAUUUAUAUUAAUCUUAUACUUGUAACUGAUAAGAAUAGCCAGAAAAACAGGACUUCGAAGACAUGGAGUGUACUAUGUUUUGAGUAUUAACCGUCAAAAUAUCUUUUACAUUGUGAUCAAAGUAUCUUCAUCUUUUAGUAAAUGAUAAAUGAAGAUUGUCUGACUUACUGGGCAGUACACACAUAGUGGUAGGUAUUCUGUUGUGUCCAUCUACAAAUGGAGCAAACUUCUGCUUGUGCACGCAAUAGGACUCCCAUUCCUCCUCUUUACAGUCCUCCCUGAGGACUGCAGGAGGAGCAGAGAAAGAAGAAGUAACAUUGUGCAAUCAGAAGUCCACUUUCAAGAUGGUGGAUAUCACACCAGGAGUAGAUUGUGGUAAUGUCCUCUUUCACCAACCUCCCCCCUCCUGAGUGUGCAUUCCCCCCAUAGAUCUUAACCACUGUUUAAGCACUGCAACAGUACAGUCGUCCCUUGGUUUUCGAGCAGCUUUCUUCUCAAACAUAUUGGCUCCUGAAUGCCGCAAACCUGGAAGUGACUGUUCUGGUUUGUGAACUAUUUUUGGAAGCCAAACGUCCGAUGGUGCUUCUGCAACUUCCAGUUGGCUGCAGGAGCUUCCUGCAGCCAAUCAGAAGCCAUGCUUUGGUGCCCAAACAUUUUGGAAGUUGAACGGAAUCCAUUCCAAAAGGUACGACUGUAAUGAAAUUAUAUGUGGUUAAAGUUAACCUUGUAACCAGGCUUUGUUUAGUCUGAUUUUAAAUCAUGGGUAGCAGAGGACCCGGUGCUGAGUUUCCUCAAUCUCAUUUUUUUAGCCCAGGGCAAUCUAAAUAGGAUUCCCCAUGUACCAUUGUAUGAUGCCUAUAUAUCUUUGGUCAGUGUUAUUCUGUCUGUCUGAGAAGUCAAAAACAAAAAAGCAUGGUCUUUUUAAUUAUUGUGUUUUACAUAAAGCAGAAGGCUUUCACUUUGACAAGUUUUAUUUAUAUUCUUCCAGGAAACUGUUACUUGAAUAAUCUCUGGCUUUGUACUCAGCAAGCAAAAAGCAUGGUUCUACAUGACUGCUUUUGCAUAUGUACUCUCUCCAAAACAAAUCUAAUCUUGAAUGUCUUGCAAAUGAGGACAUGGGGUUCACUAGGACAAAUCUGGCAGCAGAAUCAAAACUCUGGUAUUUCUUUCAUUUUACUGAGAUCUUAGCUGCCAAAACAUUAGUAUAGCAGCUGUACUAAUGAAUAGCAUUAGUAAUUGGGGUGGGGGGGAGUGUUUGGUUUUGAUAUGGAAUGCUAGAACACAUAACUUAGAUCAGUGGUCUUCAACUUAGUAAAAAUCCAGGGCUCACCUUUAACCUAAACAUUUCUUUUUUUUCCAUUUCUUUUUUUUUUAACCAUAUAUUUAUGUGGUGGUAGGAUAAUUCCAUAGUGACCAACAUAACAUUUACAAUCUUUUUUACAUAAUAUUUUUCUUUUAGCAAAUAUUAUUUGAUUUCCAUUUACCCUUUUUUUUUGUUUUUUUGUUAACUGGGUUGAUCUUCCCUGCAAAAAUAUUCAAGAAGUAUGCCACUGAGAGUUUAAACAACUUUCUUUUUAUUGUUUUAACAGACAUGACAAACACUAAAGUUUUGCAACCUCAAUUAUUUAUCUGAAACUUAGACAAUUCUAUCCUCUGAAACCAUGAAUAUUUUUUCUGUCUGCAGCAAUAUACAUAUACAGCUAAUGUUUCAUAGAUGAGUGUCAAAAUUACGUAAACGGUGGGUAAGCUGGGUUUUCUGGCAAAUUAAUUGUGACCAAUGUAACGUGAAAAUUCAUUAAUAGGCACUUACAAAUAACUACCUCCAAAGCAAAACCCUGUGCAUAUUGCACUUUACUCUGUAUUCACAAAUUACAGAUCAGCACCAAGUCCAUAUGUGAAGUUGUAAUGCCAACAGGAAUUUACACUUGGCUAUAGCAACACUCCAAUUAUUCUCCCCCCAAAAGGUUGAGAAAUUGGCUAACAAUUUCUCAACCUUUGCAGUAACUGAGUUGCCAGCUGUUUCAGUUUCCAUACUUUCUGGCAGGAUUACCCUUAGGGACAUCAUUCUGUCAAACAAAAAGACAGAAUGAAAUAUAUAUUCAUACAUUUUGAAAUAUAUGAGAAAUUCAUUUACACUUUAUGUUCAAGACUCUUCAAUCUUUUACAGGGUUGUAUUGUUAUCCCGAGGCAGAUUUAGGACCAAUGUGCAGAAUUAGGGCACUGUGCUGCUGAGGGUCCCCCAAUUUGGUAGUGUACAUUGUUACCUGAGAGGAUACCUUUGAAACAUGACUACCAAUAAUGAAUUGUUAUUGUUGAAUUCUAGUGUUUCAGUUAGUUGCAUUGUUUCCAGUCUUCAUUUCUCCUACUCUCCAAUUAAAAUCAGUGAAGUCUGGUCCCUUAGGGCAAUCUGGACUUAAAUCCUACCAAGUGAAAUGUCAAACAAUUAAAAAUCUCAAAGCCAUACUCUUCCCUUGUCCUACAAUCCUUCCAAAAUCCAUUUUAAUUUAGACAGACUCUGGGAGACAUUUCUUUCAACUGGCCAAUCAGUUUUCUGCAGCACUCAGCCAAUUUCAAUCCAGAAGUAUUUCUGUCAACAUGAGGUCCUACCCGUCUCCUGGUAGAAAAACAGUGUGAUAGUAAAUCUGUAUAUUAAUGGAGCUGCUGACUCUUAGCCCUGGUUGUACAGGUUUCACCUCCUUACUGUUGUCACAUUGUCAGUCCAGCCACAUUAGCAGGUAUACUUUUCCGUUAGACCCAGGAGCCGAUACAUCUGUUCUGAGUAAAUUCAGAGCUGUUUGCUUAGAAGCCACACCUACACAGAAGUAAAGCUCAGACCCCAGCUCCUUUGAUUAGCCUUGCAUCUUUCCCUGUUUGCGUGAAUGAGCACCACUAGAUAUUAAAAUGACUGUAUAAAAGGUCUUUUGACCUUUUCUCUCCCCUUCUCCAGUGUCUCUGCUAAAAGAAAUGGAUAAGUUUAAUGUGAACGAUCAAUACACAAACUAUAUAUUGUACUCCGUAGGAUUAGUUGUCGCUAUCGAGCCCUUUCUACCUGACGAAAGCUUCAUAGAUUGCCUCUUCCAACAGGAGAUCGAUAAUAUAUAUUUGUCCAUGUGACAAGGUGCAACAUGUUACAUUUGGUUGUAUGGUAAGCUCAAAUGCAUAGAAUGUGUGCGCUUGCCCUGUCAAAGGUGUGAAGGAAGUACCAUGCAAAUAGUUGAUUUGCAUAAGCACAGAGCAAAUACCAUAUGGAAUGCUGCCAUGGGAAGCAUUAACAAGUAGCCUCAAUAAGUGGACUAUGGCAUACAAAGGCAGCAUAAGAAAAGACAGACAAUUGAAUAAGUCUAGCAGGGAGCAUGCUUUCUUGUGCAAAUAGAGGUUUCUGUGCUGUUUCAGAAAUUUAUUUUAGGUAGUGAAUUAGCCAGAUAUAUUUCUGCAUUAAACUUUCUAUACCACCUUUCCAAAACAAUUCUCCCAAGGCAAUUCAGAAACUAAUAAAAGCAAUUUAAAAAAUAAAAUAAAGAAAAAACCCCUGAGAGGAGCAGUGUGUACAUAGAGGCAAAGAUGCAACAGAAAGCCUGCACAGCCAAUAGUUUGGAGCUAAGAAGCAGGAUGCUGUAAAGGUUAAGGCAGAAGAAGCAAAAAAACCUAAAAGUCUAGUGAAGUAAAGCUUGGACUUGGUCCAGAAGAUCUCAAAGCCCAGGGAGUGUCAAGGGAGCAGGGUCUUCGCAAGCUGGGUAUGCUAGGUUCACGCCAUUUGAAAGAUUUAAAGGAUGGAACGAGCCUGUUGAAUUGAACCUAGAAACAAACUGGCAGCCUAAAGAACAUGUAACACUGGCCAUACCAUUUUGCACAGCUGUUGCUUCCAGACAGUCUUGAAGGACAACACCCAGACAAGAAAUGACUGUGAUUGAUCUGCAUGCUUUCUAAGGAAUUAUUAAACAUUGCCAAGGUCUUAGAUUUCCAGAUGCAGCUGGCCUAUUAGAUGCAGCUGAUAAACAUUGCACCUGACCUCAUCUGCACUUAAGCUUCCAGGUCAAUCAUUCAAUUAUCCCGGGGAGAAAGACAAUGAGCCUGAGCUUGUUCCUAAUCUCACAUUUGGGUUCUACCCUAGGGGCAAAGUAGUGGUUGAGCAGGUCUUCCAGAUACCCAUCUUAACCAAUUUCUUGUUUCUACAGCUUUUUGGAGGGGUUAACUUAUAAUGCUCAAAACUAUGCAGUACUUGCUAAAAAGGAAAUGCUGGAGCAUUGUAGUAUACCUUUUUAGUUACUGAUGUGAAGAUAGUAACACAUAACCUCAAAAAAAUGCUGAAGGAAUUGGUGGUUCUUCUGUAAUGGGCAAUUUAUGCUCUCAUAAUCCAUGUAAUGGCAGGUCCUCUGUUUCAAUAUCCACACAGGAAAGAUGUGAGCUAGAAUUCCAGAGGAGGGGCAGACUUUGGUCUUUCAAAUUUCAGCGGUGCCCUGUGCAAGGCCAAAAUUCUGCACCUUGCAUUACCCUAAACCCACCUCUGGCCAGAGUACAAGCUUUUAAACAUGAAAUAUGUUUUGUAAAAUAUAUGUGUCCUCAUAGUAUUCCAUUUGGAAAACGUGAAUUAUUGGACUGGGUUGGUAAGUACAGUUUUCUUUCUCAGAUUUUGAUUGUGAAGGAUAAAUGUGGAAUUUACAUCCCUGGGUAGGAGAGACGACCAACAGAAGUCCAACAAAAUAAGUGGCUGUUAGUUACUGGUACAAAGUAAUGGAUUUGAUACCCUAUAAUGUUUCAAGCUCUUGCUGUCCUUCAAGAUGAACCUCAAGGUGAAUCAGUCCAUUAAGCCCAGAGAUGUAAGUGCUUGCAAAGAUUAGGUUUCCCAUCCUCAAACAUUACCAGUCAUAAUUCUUUUUACUGGUACAUUAUAAAACUUAUUUGAGUAUCUUUCUCAAUACGUAACAGUAAAUUACUAAUUUUAAAACAACUUCUCCAUAGGGCUACAAUUGGAGAUUGUAAUCUGAUCCCCUUUGACUUUUCUUUAUCUAACAUUUCUUGCUCAAAUGCAAGCUUAGAUAAUUAUUGUGUGCCUUUCACAGUCCAAGAAUUAAAACACACACACACGAACACAAAACUGAUGAAUGAAUUACGACAUCAGCAACACCUCUUCUGUAGGCUAAAGCAAAUUAAAUCUUAUCUAGAGUUAACACAAUACUUGAAUGCCUCCAAAAGAUUAAGUAUAAAAUAAAAUGACCAAGAGCUCAGGGCAACCCCUUAAUCUUUUUAUGCUGGACUUAAAUUUUCGUUGCUGUCAAAGCCAAGCUCAGUAUAAACUGUUCAUUUCCUGAAAGACAGUCACACAGCACUAAAGGGUUGUAAGAUAAUGGGGGGGGGGGGGCGGGCGGAAUGUGCCUCAUACAUUUAUCUAGUUGGUAACGUAACAGGUAUGGAUAACAUCCUCCAUUUACCUUUGCCCAUAAAUACAAAAUAUUUGAACCCCCGUUUCAUAUGGCCAAUGGCAUUGCAGAUAAAAGCUGUAAAAUAUUUCCUGAAGGCAUGACAGUGAGAGCUAGAGAUAUAAUGACAAAUAAGCCACAUUUGUGAAAUUUGUAUCCCAUCGCUUGAAACAAAGCUUGUCUCUCUUCCCCGUCCCUUUCUUUUGAGCAGCUGUUUUCCUCUACUAGGGUGAAGUAGAGGAUAUGGCAUUCCAGUAUGGUUUAGGCAAUGAUGCAUGUAUUUUGGGAGAUGGGAGGGAAAUCAAAUGGGGGCGGUGAUGGGUGGGAGGGAAAUCAAUCCAGAAAGUUAUGUUAAGUGAACCGGACUUCAGAAAGCCAUAAUAUGCAAAAGAGGUCUGUUUAGCUACCUCAGUUCUUCUGCUUUCCUGCUUCUAUCUCUGUGGACAAGCACUUCAGAUGCUGAGUGCACAUUUCUGCAGCUCAGAAUAUAAGAAAGCCUUAUGAGAGAGAACUGGGUACCCUCAAGUUCUUAUAUUUAUUUUAUUUAUUUAUAAAAAUAUUUAUAUACCGCUGUAUCAUAAAAUUAUUUCACAAUGGUUCAUAGAAUCAUAGAAUCAUAGAGUUGGAAGAGACCACAAGGGCCAUCGAGUCCAACCCCCUGCCAAGCAGGAAACACCAUCAGAGCACUCCUGACAUAUGGUUGUCAAGCCUCUGCUUAAAGACCUCCAAAGAAGGAGACUCCACCACACUCCUUGGCAGCAAAUUCCACUGUCGAACAGCUCUUACUGUCAGGAAGUUCUUCCUAAUGUUUAGGUGGAAUCUUCUUUCUUGUAGUUUGGAUCCAUUGCUCUGUGUCCGCUUCUCUGGAGCAGCAGAAAACAACCUUUCUCCCUCCUCUAUGUGACAUCCUUUUCUAUAUUUGAACAUGGCUAUCAUAUCACCCCCUAACCUCCUCUUCUCCAGGCUAAAUAUGCCCAGCUCCCUUAGCCGUUCCUCAUAAGGCAUCGUUUCCAGGCCUUUGACCAUUUUGGUUGCCCUCCUCUGGACACGUUCCAGUUUGUCCGUGUCCUUCUUGAACUGUGGUGCCCAGAACUGGACACAGUACUCCAGGUGAGGUCUGACCAGAGCAGAAUACAGUGGCACUAUUACUUCCCUUGAUCUAGAUGCUAUACUCCUAUUGAUGCAGCCCAGAAUUGCAUUGGCUUUUUUAGCUGCCGCGUCACACUGUUGGCUCAUGUCAAGUUUGUGGUCAACCAAGACUCCUAGAUCCUUUUCACAUGUACUGCUCUCAAGCCAGGUGUCACCCAUCUUGUAUUUGUGCCUCUCAUUUUUUUGCCCAAGUGCAAUACUUUACAUUUCUCCCUGUUAAAAUUCAUCUUGUUUGUUUUUGCCCAGUUCUCUAAUCUGUCAAGGUCGUUUUGAAGUGUGAUCCUGUCCUCUGGGGUGUUAGCCACCCCUCCCAGUUUGGUGUCAUCUGCAAAUUUGAUCAGGAUGCCCUUGAGUCCAUCAUCCAAGUCAUUGAUAAAGAUGUUGAAUAAGACCGGGCCCAAGGUUCACAACAGCAUCAUGUACUGUAGGCUUGGGCAAUGUGUCGAUAUAUCACUGAGGACCGGCAUCAGGGCCAAAGCGCGGUGGCGGCUUCACUCGGCGGUCUAUCGCGAGUAAAACCACCACCGCUCCUGAGUCGCUCUGCCACCAGAGCCCAGCGUGCUGAAGGAGAAACAAGCUGCAGCUGGGCACUGGUGACAGAGGGACUCAGGAGGAGUGGUGUUUUCACUCACAAUAUACCCCCAGGUGAAACCGCCAUCACAGUUUGGCCAUCAUAUAACUGAGGGAGAAACAUUGGCCAAGGCCAAUUGUGAUGGGAUGAUGAGCUGCUUGUGCGUAAAAUCGUAUCCCCUCAGAGUUUGUUCAAGUCCACAAACCUCUGUCUGUGACAGAGCCCCUCAGACAUGGCUACUCUAGUCACUAGCAGAUUCCGACAGUGGUUGCUUUCGUAAUCGCUUCCAACAUAAAAGCUCCUUAACGGAAACACGUCUUCUGGAAUCUCUGCGUGACAGUUUCCGGCGAGGAGUGGGUGUUCUUACAGGAGGUCCUGAAACCUCUCCACUGUUUUCGCUGGAAGUGUCUCUGAGCCAUCCCUCCAGCUCAGCUCCUCUCCCCUGCUGGUUCCCUCAUCAGCUGCUGCGUCUCUCCCAACCUGUGUGAGCCCUUUCACCUCCCUGUUGGUUUCCUCUUCAGCUGCUGCGUCUCUCCCAACCUGUGUGAGCCCUUUCACCUCCCUUCCGUCCGAUGGCAGUUCCCUGACAUCCACCUCCCCUCCAGGGCCCCCUUCACCCCCUCUCGCCCUCCUCUACGGGCGGUGAGGAGGCAAACCCCGGAAUGAACUUCCUUCAUCUUCCGAUGUCUCGAACACUUCUCUCAACCUGUUGCGGUUCCUGGUCUCGAAGUACACCUCCUCCUCAGAGUCCAUCUCCCUUCCCCUUCCGAGUCCGGGAAUCCUUCCAACUCCUCCCCUUCAUCAGUGGUCCCAAAGUAUUCCCUCCGGAACCUCUCUACAGGCUGAGGUUUCCUUGGGAACCUUUGAUGGAACGUUUCUAUCAAUACCUCGUCAUUGAUAUCUUCAGCCAUUACCCAAGUGUUUUCUGACUCCGGUUCUCCUUCCCACGCUACCAAAUACUCCACCUGAUCCCCCUUCCACCUGGCGUCGAGGAUUUCUGCCACAUGGCUGCUGCAUUCUCUUUCUUCUACGACCGGUCCCCGAGUGGCCAGCCCUUCUCGGCCCCCUGCGUACGGUGACAGUAACGACCUGUGAAAUACUGGGUGCAGUUUCAUGUGGUUGGGUAACCGGAGCCUGAAAGCCACUGGGUUGACCUGUUGAAUGACCUCAAAGGGACCCAACCUCCUGGGUCUUAAUUUCUUACAACCUCCUUUGAACGGCAACCCUUGGGUUGACAGCCACACCCUAUCUCCCACCCUUAUGGUUUCACCUUCCCUUCGGUUCUUGUCUGCCUGCCUCUUGUAUUCUUCCUUCGCCCUUUCUAAGUUGAGUUGGAGCUGACGAUGGAUUGCUUCCAUUUCUUCCACAAAAUGCUCGGCUGCCGGGACGCUCCAUCUCUCCCCCUCUCCCCCUGGAAAGCCCUGGGAUGACACCCAUAAUUAGCCAAGAAGGGGCUCAUCCCUGUGGACACAUUCUCGGCAUUGUUGUAGGCAAAUUCCGCCAGCGCCAACUUUUCUACCCAGUCAUUCUCUCUGUCAUUGACAUAACACCUCAGGUAUUGCUGGAGGACACCGUUUGCUCUUUCCGCCUGCCCGUUGGUUUCAGGGUGCCGGGCAGUCGAAAAAUUGACCUCCACCUGCAGUAAGCUCAUGAGCUUCCUCCAGAACCUGGAAGUAAAUUGUUUUCCUCGGUCUGAGACCACCCUCAAUGGCACCCCGUGCAACCUAAAAAUGUUUUCUACAAAUAACUUCGCUGUCUCUUCCGCCGUGACUGCAUGCGAGCAAGCUACAAAGUGGCACAUCUUUGUUAGUAGGUCUACCACCACCAUGAUGGCUGUUUUCCCUUUGGACUUCGGCAGAUCAGUCAUAAAAUCUAUCGACACUGCCUCCCAAGGUCGUUCUGGGGUUGGUAAGGGUUCUAAUAGCCCCGCCGGCGCCCGCCUUCCCCUUUGGCUCGCUGGCAUUGCUCGCACCCUCUUACAUACUCACGUACAUCUUCCUCACCUUAGGCCACCAAAAUUCCCUGGUGACCAACCACAUGGUUUUGUGUUGUCCAAAAUGCCCCGCCGUAGGGCUGUCGUGCAACUGCUUGAGUACCCUCCCCUUAACUCUCCUUCAGGGAUAUACAGUGCCCCUUUGUAAUACAAAGCUCCAUUUCUUUCCUCGAAACCCCUGGUUCCUCUCCAUCACCCCUAAGACCUCUGAGCUUAUUCUGGGCGUAUUCAUCAUUCUCUGUUUCCUCUACCAGUUCUCUUUGUCCCACCAAUGCCGCCCCACACACCCAGCGGUCUUCUGGAAUGACAUGUCUCUCUUCGGGUGCCCCUCCCUCCAAAUAUUCAGGUUUGCGUGAGAGAGCGUCCGCCCUAAUGUUCUCUGGGCCUGGCACGUAACUAAUCUCAAAGUUAAAUUUGGAGAACUCCUGGGCCCAUCUCACUUGCCGUUGGUUGAGCACUCGUGCCGUCCUCCAAUACUCUAGGUUCUUGUGGUCAGUGCACACUUGCACCUUAUGUUGUGCGCCAAUUAGCAGGUGCCUCCAUCUCCGGAACGCCUCAUGAAUGGCUAGUAGUUCUCGGUCAUACACCGUGUAGUUCCUCUCGGAUUUGUUCAGCUUUCGCGAAAAGGCACACGGUCUCCACUCUGACCCCUUCUUGCCUGGCUGGAGGAGCACCGCCCCAGCCGCGCUGUCUGAUGCGUCAGGUUCCACUCUCAUCGGUUUUUGUAUAUCCACAUGCAGGAGUUGUUGUUCCGAGGCGAAGGCCCCUUUUAGUUCCUCAAAUGCUCGCUCCGCCUCCUCAGUCCACACGAACUUCUUCUUACUGCUGAGACAGUCCGUAAUGGGCGCCGUCAGGUGGGCAAAGUUUCGGAUGAACUUACGAUAGAAGUUCCCAAAUCCUAGGAACCUCUGCACAUCCUUCUUUGUUUUGGGUGCUUUCCAUUCCAGCACAGCCUGGACCUUGCCGGGAUCCAUGGCCAAUCCCUUGUCUGACAGGCGAUACCCCAGGAAUUCCACCUCCUUGGUAUGAAACUGACACUUCUCCAGUUUCACCCACAGCAGGCUGGCUUGCAGCCUGCUCAACACUUCUCUGACGUCUCUCACAUGCUGCUCCUCAUUCUCAGAAUACACCAACACGUCGUCUAAAAAGGCCACACAAUUCUUGUAAAGCAAAGGCCCCAGGACGUGGUUCAUAAACGAUUGAAAGGUUGCGGAGCCUGCUUGGAGGCCGAAGGGCAUAACCAAAUAUUCAAAUGCCCCUAAAGGGGUGAACAUAGUGGUUUUCCAUUCAUCCCCCUUCCUUAUUCGUACCAGGUUGUACGCCCCCCUUAGGUCCAGCUUUGUAAAAAUCUUUCCCUUCCGCACCCUUGUCAAAAUGUCGUCAAUCCUGGGCAUAGGGAAGGCUACUGGUUCUGACACUGCAUUUAAGGCCCUGAAGUCACACACCAGCCUCGGCUUGUUCGUGUUUUUCUUAUCCACAAAAACACUGGGCUGCCCCCACCGCCCUGGACUCUCUGAUGAACCCUCUCUUCAGGUUCUUGUCAAUGAACUCUCUUAACUCCUGCAUCUCUCUGUCUGACAUGGCGUACAGCUUGCCUACAGGGAGCUGUGCUCCAGGGAGUAAGUUGAUUUGACAGUCAAAGGGUCUAUGCGGGGGUAGUUGGUCAGCUUCCCUUUCGCUGAAGACGUCACGGAGAUCUGCAUAUUGUCGUGGUACCUUCACGUUCUCUGUUACUUCAGUCCCUGCUAGGGUGGCUUGGACCCCUGCCAAACCCUUUCCCUCUUUGCAGUGUUCUAAGCAAUGUGCUGAACCAAAAGAAACCACUCUCUGAUGCCAGCCCACCAGCGGAUCAUGUAACGCUAGCCAGCUCAUCCCCAAUAUAAUGGGAGCUCCUCCCAAGGUGGCCACAUUAAAAGCUAUCAGUUCGGUGUGCCUUGCUACCUUCAUUAUCAUUGGGACGGUCUGCAAGCUGACUUCUCCACCCAACAGCUCCCUGCCAUCGAUCGUGGUCACCUGCAGGGGGCUGCUUAAAGGGAUUGUCUGUAUCUGGUGUUCAGCUGCAAACUCUUUGCUCAUGAAAUUGCAGGAGCUGCCUGAGUCCAACAGCGCCUUUAUCUUUAGAGGGUGUCCGUUUGGCAGCUCUAGCGUCACUUCUAUCACUAGGGCGGGUUUAGGAGGUUCUGGCGUGGGCACUCUCACUGCUCUUUGGCCUGGCUGCUGUGCCCUGACAGUGGCAGCCAGGCGUUGGCUUUUACUUGCUCCGGUAUAUUUUCCUCUCUUCCAUCCACAGCCCCUACCAUCCCUUGCCAUUCUUUCCUCUGGGGGCAGACUCUGGCAAAGUGACCUGGCUGUUGGCAGAGAUAGCAUUUCCGGGCGCCUUUUCCCUCCUUCUUUGCCCCCUCACUGGGCUUUGAAACUGCGCGCGCGCGCUGUUCCGAUUUCCAUCGGCUCUGCCGGUGGGAAAGUUGGCUCUGGAAUGUCUGGAAUGCGGAACUCCUUCCAACGUUCCCCUUCCCUUCCCGCCUCUCCAAUGCUCUCGCCUCCUGGCGCGCUCCUAUGGCCAGCGCUGAUUUGGUCAGCUGGUCCAUAGACUCCGCCCUGGGCGCCCGGGAAAGUUCGUCUUUCACAGCCGAAGAAAGCCCUUCUUCAAAGAGCAUUUGAAUGGGUUCCGCCGAUAAGUCCCACCCCAAUCUGUGAACAAGCAUGGUGAACUCAGUCCAGUACUCACGGACAGAUCGGCUCCCUGUUUGCAACCCAUUAACUGUCUGCGCACCACUCCCUUUUCAAUAUCGCUGGAAAACAUCAGAUCCAUGGCGCGAAAGAACUUCAUCGUGUCUUUUAAGACGUCACUAUUCGCUGCCAUCAGGGGUCUAACCCAGUCUCUCGCCCCUUUUCAAGAUGCUCAAUCACGAAAGCCACUCGUGAUUCCUCGUCAGGGAAUUCAUCAAACUGCAGAUUGAGGGCAUAUUGCAUUUCUGUCCGAAAACCAUGAUAGUUUUUGGGCUCCCCCAAACUUCUGCACCAAUCCUGGUACCUUUCUGGCGAACUGGGUGGCUUUCCCCUUUGUCUGCAUCCUGAGCCCUCCUCUCCUCAAGCCUCGCCGUCUGCAUCGCUAGCUGGACCUCCAACAUCUGGUACCUUUCUUCCAGGCUUGGACCCGCUCCAGCUCCUGCUUCUCCGGUUCCGGCUGGGUUGCUCAUGAUACCUUCUCCUGCACAAGCUGCUUUCAAAGACUGUCGGAAUGCUGUGAUGGGAUGAUGAGCUGCUUGUGCGUAAAAUCGUAUCCCCUCAGAGUUUGUUCAAGUCCACAAACCUCUGUCUGUGACAGAGCCCUCAGACAUGGCUACUCUAGUCACUAGCAGAUUCCGACAGUGGUUGCUUUCGUAAUCGCUUCCAACAUAAAAGCUCCUUAACGGAAACACGUCUUCUGGAAUCUCUGCGUGACAGUUUCCGGCGAGGAGUGGGUGUUCUUACAGGAGGUCCUGAAACCUCUCCACUGUUUUCGCUGGAAGUGUCUCUGAGCCAUCCCUCCAGCUCAGCUCCUCUCCCCCUGCUGGUUCCCUCAUCAGCUGCUGCGUCUCUCCCAACCUGUGUGAGCCCUUUCACCUCCCUGUUGGUUUCCUCUUCAGCUGCUCCGUCUCUCCCAACCUGUGUGAGCCCUUUCACCACCCUUCCGUCCGAUGGCAGUUCCCUGACACCAAUGUAGCUUGUUCCUCCCUUGGCUGCCCACGCAGGCAGGCAGCUUGUUUAAACUUCUCUAUUGAGGGGCACAUGGCUGCCAACUCCUAAGCAGAAGAGUCUGACAGUCCUGACCCCACCUGUGACUUGUGCGAGGCAGAGGCGGGGUGGGGGCUCCAUUACACUUCUCCGUUGAGGGGCAGGCAGUGUGCACCCACACUCUUCAACGGAGAAAGAGGUAGCCACCCCCCACCCAUGCCAAGGCAGUGGUGGAUAAUAAUGCACCAUGUAUAAUUGUACAGAAUUCUGUCACUUUAUUCAUUUAUUUAACAAAUUUGCAUGCUAUCCUUCAUUAUAAACAUUUUCAGGGUAGUUUGUGUCAGUAAAACAGAACAAAUAAAACCUACAAGAACAUUGCAGAACUGGAACAGCUGGCUAGACUACCACCGUUGUUAAGUCUGUGAGAACUAAAAGGUCUUUGUCUACCACCAAAAUGAUACCAAAGCGGAUACCAGGCAACUCUCCCUUGGGGGGGGGGGGGAGAAUUGCCUAAAUGGGAAAUGAGAACAAUUUCCCUCCCAUCCUUUAGGAAAUCUUCACAGUCUAUGAUUCUCUUGAAAGCUGAUGCACACAUUCACAAAUCAUCCUGUCCUGGUAUCAGUAGUUCCAAAGUACUUAAAAGACCGCCUAUCUUCUUAAGUUGGUGGCAUUUUUAUUUUUUUGUAUUUACUUUAUUUCUUGUAAAUCUCUCUGGAUAUGAUUAGUGAUAUAAAAUUCCUAUACUAAAAAAAAGCUGCAUUAUUUUUUUUUCUUAAGCGAUGAAGCUUUAGGAAAACCAAAUCCAUUUUUACUCUCUUGGGGCUGUAGGCAGGCUGUUGUUAACCACAGCAUGGCCUUGGAAAAUAGGUUGUAACUGAUGCGGCUCCUGCAUGUACUUUGCAAUUACUUUAAGGUUACCAGAUUUUUCUCAAUGAAUCCGGGGACACUUUUCAACUUCAGUAGGAAUGAUAGGAUUUUGUAUGGGGACUGAUUUGUAAAUCCGGGACUGUCCCCGGGAAACGGGGACAUCUGGUACCUUAAAUUACAUGUCCUUUUCCAGUGCAUUUGUUAUACUCUAUGGUUACCACUGAUAGUUGUAUUUAUGUCUAUUUUGUUGGAAAAAAGAUUAGGGGAAAAUACAACUGAUUUUAUAACUUUUAAGGAUUGCUAAAAUAUUUAAAAGCCCUAAUAUAUUUAUAGUUAGGGGCUUGUGAAAAAUGCUUGCUAAUGUUCAGCUGUUUUGCUGUUUGUUUGUUUGUUUGCUUGCUUGCUUGCUUGCUUGCUUGUUUUCUCCCUCAUUGGGCCAGUCUGUAACUUCCUGAGUUUGCAAAAAGGGUUCAAGGAGUAUUACAUUGAAAUUAAGAAAGUGCCUCACUUCCCAGCUGCAAUUGAAAGAACAAAGAUCAAAUUUUAAAUAAAGCAAAAGUUAAUGAGUAAAAUUAUUUACUUGAAUUUACUUGAAUUAGCAAUGGACAUGCAGUACAUUGAUACAUAAUGGAACCAAGGAAGGGACUAGAGGGAAGUCAAUUUGUUUUGUUUUGUUUUUGUGUUAUUGUUAUUGUUGUUAUUUUUAUUUUUUGUUAUCUUUGGAAAAUUAAUAAAUUGUUAUUUAAAAAGAAAGAAUUUACUUGAGUUGAUCACACUGUUCUGUUUUGUACAUUUCAAAUAUAGGCCAAGUAUGAAAGCAGACAGAAAACUUAGGGUUGUAGUAAACUAAGAACUACUUAGAACAGAACCACUGAACGUAAUUAACCUAUGUUAGUCAUUUUCACUUACUUCAGUAAGUCUCCUCAGGGUAGAACUAGCAUUGCAUACCACUCUAAGAUUGAAAUUUUUGUCAUCUAUAGAGCAUUUUUGAUUGUUUGUUAACACUUGCAACUAUAUUGUGAGGUGGGUCUUCCUAUUCCCAUUUAACAUUUGUUUUAUAAUUCAUUAAUCCUAAAUAGAUUAAUAUUGCUCUGUUGUUUACUCUUAUAGCACACAUCUGUUGACGGAUAUACUGAGCCCCAUGUCCAGCCCACAAAAUCAAGUAGCAGACAAAACAUACCCCGUUGCAGAAACUCAAUCACGUCUACAAAUGAAGACCAUCCUCACAUUGGGAAUUACCGCUUACUAAAAACAAUAGGAAAAGGAAAUUUUGCUAAAGUGAAGCUGGCUAGACAUGUUCUGACUGGUAGAGAGGUAAGCUGUUUGUCUUUUUUUGCUUGGUAAUAGUAGCCUGUGUUGCCUUAUUCACACUUGUCUGUCUGCAAUGAACAUGCUUAUUCUCUAGCUCUGUGAUUGAAUAUGUAACAGGCUUUUCUUAGAGCCAAAUGAGACAUCAGGGCAGCAGACGAGUGGGCAGAAUUACGUGUACUACUAAAUCUCUUUGAAGAGGUAGGUUUGGAAUUGAGAUAUUUUAAGAUACAACAAGAGCAUUUGAAGAGUGGGAUUCCCCCAAAACAGCUGUCUUUCUUGCGGUGGGAUGGUAAGAUCGGAAGUAAACCCCACCAAAAGAAAAAAGUUUUCUAAAUGCUUUUUAAAAAACUUCUGUUCCCCAUCCAUGCUGCCUUGAACCCCCCUAUUUUAUAGGAGAUCAGAAGGUCCUGGGGUUGGAUACUGUUCCUGUCCCAUCUAGUUGUGCCCUGAUCAAAAGAUAAACCAUAUUUGUGUGGAGACAAGAGUGGACAGGGGUUUGGAGUGGAAAUCUUCUCUGAAAGCUCUAACUUUACUUACAGAAAUGAAAAUGUUUAGUUGAAAUUCAAAAUAUUCUGAAAUCUCUUAAUUUCCCUGCUUCCAAACGCUAAUAAUAGAAAAAGGGAAAUCACCACCUGUGGCCAUAGGAAGCGAUGCUUCCCUGCCCCACUCCUCUGCUGCUGGCUGGAAUACAACACUGAUGGCAGAUUACUGACAUUGCCAGCACAAGAAACCUCUGUAAAUAGAUUGUAUUGGACAGAAUGGAUAGAACAAAUUGCUCUGAGAACAUUUAAUGUGGAUGGGCCUGUGUAUUCAGUAUAAUCAGGUUAACUUCUUACAAGUACACAUAUUUUUCGCACCAUAAGAGGCACCUAGUUUUUAGAAGAGGAAAGCAAGAAAAAAAAUACAGAGUGUGUGAGGGAGAAAGAUCCCCCUCCGUGCUGGCUCCUGGCUGCUCUCAUGCAAGUCACAGAGCCCCUCGGAUGGAGGGAACUCGAAAGAGUGUUCCAAAGCCCUCUUCCCUCGCCUCGCCUCUUCCCACCCCCUCGCGUGGGUGCCGCCAUUAGGACACUUGCACGGGCGGCGUGCCAGGCCCCCGCCGCUCCAGAAACCAAAGUCCCCAGCUCUGCCACUGCCAGCGACCACACAUUCGCUCCAUAAGAUGCACAGACACUUCCCCUUACUUUUUAGAGGGAAACAGUGUGUCUUAUGGAGCAAAAAAUAUGGUAAUACCAAACAUUGCCUGACACCGUGAAGCCCCUUAAACAUGUUCAUAGGCCCACUAUUUUCUUGGAAUUGUCAUUGUUUCAAGGAGCUUAAUUUCAUUGUUUUUGUCUGACUGUUUGCUAGUGUUCUGUGUAAAAUACUGCUUGUAUUUUAAACUUUAAAAACUGUAAACCUCUACACUGACCUCAUUUGUUUGCAAUUCUAAGCUGUGAUUUAGAGUUAGGUGAACAAGAUUCAAGCUUAUGCUCACCCCUCCUCUGUUUCAAUUGCUUUUGCUUUCAUUUGCAAUUAUCCACAGUUGCAUGUGAUUAGUUAACCACAGUUUAGAGCAGCAUCUGAACCCUAAAUUGUGUUUAACUGGUUUCUUUAAACAAGCCAGCUUUCUAAGCCACAGUUUGAGGUUUGCUGCGUUUGCAUGUAACACUAAGCCAAACUAUAACUUAGUGAAAACAGCUGAACUCUCAGGGAAGAGGUUGUAGCCACUCUUUAUCCUUCUUGGUCCUUUUAGAAUUUAGCUUAGUGUGUUCCUUGAACGCAGAACUUGUGGAUUAAGUUCCCACCUGCUGAAGGACCAGGCAGGAUCAAAGUGGAUGUAAACUCCUCUCCGGUAGCCAAUGCAUUCAUGCAGUCCCAGUAGUUUGCCUACUUAUAACCUGCAAACCAGGCCACUGGCUUAUUUCAGUAAACCAUAGUUAAGGUUAAUCACAGUUUGUCUUGGUUCAGAAGUAACACUAAGCUGCAGUUAGCUAAAAACAAGCUAAAGUUUCUCAUCUCCUUGAAACAGCACAAGAGCGGAACAGAAAGUAAAUGUGUCACUAAACUAUAGUUUAGUGCUGUGUCCAAAGAAAGCCAAUGUCUGCCUAAAAAUACUCACCUGUUGGUACCUUCAAAAGAGUGAUUUCUUUAUAUCCCUAGGUUGCUGUGAAAAUAAUAGACAAAACCCAACUAAAUCCUACCAGCCUACAAAAGGUAAGAUGCUUCUUUGAAAAGGUUAAAUAUGUUGUCACUUCAAUAAAUUGGCCCAUGUGAUUUAAAAAUAAAAAUAUUUUUAUUCUUCCUCAUAAAGAAAUACCACUGUUUUUGCCUUUACAGGACAAUUGAAUUGCUCUGAAGUUUUUAUGCCCUGAAUCCUUGGUCAGUUAGUUACAUUGAGAUAGAAAGAUGCUUUUCGUUCCAGAUGUGAGGAGGGGGCCACACUAACAUGACCUUCCUUCUGAAAUAUUCGAAGCAUGUCCUAUGCAGUGGAGCUGAUCCAUAUGUUCAGUUGGUGCACCCAAAAGCUUUCUGUGUGGAGCAGCCAUAAAACACAUACAAUUUUAAGCAGCCUCCAAAGUAGCUCCCAUAUUAGUCCAGGUUCAGCUUUAAUCAAGUCACUCACCUCUAGUCCCAUGUAGGAACUGUCUUAGGUGACGCUGGUGCAUAUUUUCUUGGCAUAAGUGAACUGAAAUUCCUGAAAUAAAUAAGUUACAUUUCUUACUUCUUUAGCCAACCAAGAACUCAUAAUGGAUUUGGGCAGUAUUGUAUGUUGGAAAGGAGAAUUAAGUCCCACUGAGAUCUAGAACUCUAAAAUAUUGGUAGUUAUACUUCUGUAGAUUUGGAGUGAUGUCACUUUCUUGAAGAAAAGUGUCCUGUGGGUUGAAGAAAAGUAUGUUAUAUGUUUAAGCAUUUUGUGAAGUAUAUUCGUUUUAACCUUUCCUGAGAAAUAAAGCAGUUAUUCAGAUCUCUUUCUCUGGAUCUCCUUGCUGCAAUCUUGAACAUUCAGUCACUGGUUUGAGAAACUGGUUAAGAACAAUUCCCUGCCAGACUUCAAAUAGUGGUAGAAUUUUCAGUAAGGUUUUGGGUGUAGUUUUUUUAAAAGUUUGGGCGGGGUCAAAUUAGUUAAAGCCCAGAGAGUCUAAAGAUUACUUACAAUGGGCUAGAUCCUGACUAAAUUAGUUGAACUUAGUUUUCAGUGAAACGUUAGUCAUCACCCAAAGCAGACCCCCUUUAUUUCAAUGGGAACUUAGUGCAAUUAACCUAGUCUGGUUCUAAUCCAGUAUCUCUAGACAAGCAACUUACCACUGGUAUUUCAUAGACACUUAUCUAAGUGUGAAACUACAUCUUAAACAUUUUUGAAUUUUGCAUUCUGCAGUUAUCCUUAGAAUGUGUAAAAAACACCCUAAGUAAAAUAGUUCUCUAUUUUUUACAGUUGUUCCGAGAAGUACGAAUAAUGAAGAUUUUGAACCAUCCUAAUAUUGGUAGGGAUUUGACAUUUGUUUUGCUGAAUCAUAUUAUUUUUUUCCUGUGUUUGCCUUUUCUUCUAACUUUGAAGAAUCUCACUAGGUGACUUUUAGAUUUGUGAUCAAGGCCCUAAUGCAUAUUAAAAAGACAUCCACAUUAGAGGAAGCCUAAAUACAAAGCAGGCCGCUUCAGAGGUUUUGGGAUCACUUGCUUUCAGGACCCUAUGUGCCCCCACUUCAGAUGACACAUCAGUACUGAAAUGAAGUGGGCUGCUUCAGAGGUAUUCAGACAUGCUCCAAAACAAAGCAGAUUGUCUGUAGUCAAGUGGACUUGUCCCAAAACUGCAUAGAACUUUCCAGCCUCUGCUUAAAAAAACCUCAUCCUAUCUCCUCUCAGUCUCCUCUUUUCCAGGCUAAACAUAUCCAACUCCCUCAAGUGUUCCUCAUAAGGCUUCCUUUCCAGACCCUUGAGUAUCUUGGUCACCCUCCUCUGCACCCAUUCCAGCUUAUCAGUAUCCUUCAUAAAUUGUGGUGCCCAGAACUGGACACAGUCUGCUCAAGGCAGAAUAAAGUGGGACUAUUGCUUCCCUUAAUUGGGACAAUAUACUUCUGCUGAUGCAGCCUAGAAUAGCAUUAGCUUUUUUUUUUUUGCUGCUGCAUCACACUGUUGACUCACAAUGUUUUACUUCUAGGAAAUAAGCUAGUUUAUUGGAACUAUGUAAAUUCUCACCAAGCAGGGCCUGUGACUUGCAUCAUUCUCUGGUAACUUUCUGCAGGGCCAGUGACUCAUCAGAUUAGUUCUUUAGCCUUUCAUGAAGUCCUGUUAACACACUCUUAGGGAUGCCCUUAAGUGAUUGUUUAUCCUGUGUUUUCAAGCUGUGGUCUGACUUAAUUUGGUUGUAGUGUUUUGUGAAAAUGGGGCACUGAUUUUUAUCAAAAUGGAUUUUUAACAUUGCUCUUUGUUAAAUCGAUACCACUUUGAUAAGAAAAAUUGAGGCCUGUGAAUAAGAGCAGGUUUGCAAAGCGUGUAACUUUCCCUUUCUGCUUUAGUUUUCCCCACCUUUAGAGCCCCACUUUGUGAUGACAAUUCUUCUGGCUGAGGAAGGCAGAACAGUUUUGUUCCAGAGACAGUUAUUGUUGCUGAAUCGGCCAGAGGGCUUGUUGCAUACAAGGUAUACACAUUGCUGCAUACAGGGUAUGCCCUUUUUUACUCCUUCCAGCUGAGUGUGCUGCCUUUCCAACAUGCUUAGCUUUCGUUCACUUAUUCUUAAACUAUUGAACAACAAUAAUUUUGUUAAUAUAUUUGAUAGGCAGUGUCCUGGUUCUUAGUUGUUCUACUUUCGCAUCUAGCAUUUAACCUCUUGUAUUCAGCGAAAACAAAAUAUGGCCAAUUUCUAACUGGUUCUAGAGAAGUGGGUGGUUUUACUUCUACAAGUUUCAUCUGUAGAGCCAAACUUUGACUCAGAUUUCUAUUAAAUUGUGACAUAGAUAAGAAAUAACAUUUACCUGUUUUAAAAUGUUCUUUAUUGUUUGUGCUAAGGCAAUUUGUUAUCAACUUUUUAUCUUGCAGUUAAAUUAUUUGAAGUUAUUGAAACAGAGAAAACAUUAUACUUAGUUAUGGAAUAUGCCAGUGGAGGUAAGCAAACAUUCCAUUCUACUUUUAUGGGCCGAUUUGAAAUGUAGGAAUUUGAAGAUGGAAGUGGGGCUGGCAUAACACCUCAGAGCUGUGAUAAACUUUUGGUAUCUAUUGCAUGACACUCAGCUGCAUAAGAGCCAUAGUUCCCAUAGGACAUAGUUAUCUCUUUCGUUGAUGUAGGCUGCUUUAUAGUCUGUGUCCUUGAAAAGGACAGCCUAGUUCUCACCUACAGCAGAUGAGUUGGUAGGUCUUUGACUGGACUAAAAUACUUCAGAGUGCAUCUGGAGACUUACACGACCACCCCCCCCGACCCCUCAAAAAACCACAACCAGAAAGUAUUCCUAGCAUGUAAUGCAGAAGAGUUCUAACCUACUCCCUGACAUGUUGGAUUUCUAUGUAUAGGAAAGUUUUUCAUUGAGGAAUAUUUCAGCAUGUGACUUAUUUUCUGCAGUGUGAAGUAGUAUAGUCCACACAGGUUUACUGCCUAAUUUUCUGUUGUGUGAGAAUUCAGCAUGCAUAAGCAGCACAUCAGCUCAGUUUAAAUAAAGCAGUUAAGCCUAAUAGGUUUGGUGUCAAAGUUUGGUGCUGAUAGAAAAGAAACUCUUCCAGGGAGCCCAUAUUUUGAAGUUCGAGUGGCAGAAGUUCUGCUAAGAAUGAAUUCUUCAUUCUCAGGAAAUACAAGGCUGAUAUCCUACACUGGAUGAGAAACUGAGUUAUUAAUCUGCACACAGUUUGGAUUGUGUUUCUCCAAUAAUCAGAGGGUUGGAUGAGGAGCACUUUGUUUAUUUAUUUGUGGGUGGUCAGUCUAGUUAAAAUAGUUCCCAUUCAUCUUUAAAGUCACAGUUAUCCUUGUCCUGUAGCUUAUAUGUCAGUUUUGCCAGUUCUGCAUAGUCCAUCAAUUUUUCUUGCCAUGAUUCUCUAGUUGGGGUUUCUUCAGUCUUCCAUCCUUGUGCUAUUAGAACUCUCACGGCUGUUGUCACAUACAUAAAGAUGUUUUUCAGCUUUUUUGGCAGAUCUUUCCCUACAAUCCCUAACAAAAAUGCUUCAGGUUUUUUAACAAAUGUUAAAUGGAAUAUUUUCUUCAAUUCGUUGUAUAUCAUUUCCCAAAAUUUUUUAAUUACAUUACAGUCCCACCACAUAUGAUAAAAUGUCCCCUCCUUUUCCUUACACUUCCAAUAUAUAUUUGAACUAGUUUUGUACAUUUUCCCUAACUGCACUGAUGUCAUGUACCAUCUGUACAUCAUCUUCAUGUAAUUCUCCUUCAGUAGGGAACAAUCUGUAAAUUUUAAAUCAGUUUUCCAUAAUUUUUCCCAAACUUCCAUCAUAAUGUUGUGACCUACAUCUUGUGCCCAUUUAAUCAUAACUGAUUUUACCUCUUCAUCUUUUGUCUCCCAUUCUAAUAGUAUGCUGUAUGCGGCCUUCAGUAAUUUCACUUUCCCUUCGAUCACUUCUGUUUGAAACCUAGAUCUUGUAUAACUGAAUCCUUUCUUGCUGUCUUCUUUAUGUGUUUCAUAUAGUUGUCAAUAAUGCAACCAACUCUGAAAGUCAUCUUUGAUCUCAUCGUAAUCUCUUAAUUUCCAUUUUCCAUCAUGGUCCUUUAAUAAAUCAACAUAUGUGAUCCAUUUUCCUUUCUUUCCAAGUGGUUUGAGCAAUAAUGCUUCAUGUGGUGAAAGCCACCACGGGGUCUUUUGUUCCAAUAAGUCUUUUUAUCUCUCCCAUACUCUCAUUAGUGAUUUCCUGAUUAUAUGGUUGUAAAAACUUCUAUUCCCAUAUCUUUUUAACCAGUUCCAUAGAGCUGUAAGUUACAUUAAGCAGUAUAGAGUACAAUUUAGAAACUAAUCCUUUUUCUCCUUUAUCCAUUGUGCUUAAUAAAUUUUCAAAUUGUGUUAAAGUUUUCAGAGCUUGUGUUUUUACAUGUUCUUUUAUAAUAAAACUAUGAAUUUGAUUAAAAUAAAUCCAGUUUGUGUUAAGAUUUAACCAGUUUAGUUUUCUUUGGUUAUUGUACUGCUUAAUGAUAAGACCUAUGUGCCUGGCCUUUCCUUCCAACAAGGAAUAAUCCAAAUACUAUUUUUAUGAGUUGCUUAAGAUAUUUCUUGAACACACCUCAGGAAACAGAUCCAUGUCCAUAAAUUUGGUGGUGUUGGGAGGCCUAAAGCUUCACUUAUAAGUUGUGUGGUAGUAUAAGUCAGAAAGCAGCUUGGGAGGGUGCGGGGAAGCCAAAGGGGGAAAGCCCUCUUGCAUUAGUCAGAGUCCUUGUGCUGGCUUCUGCUAAAGGAACGAGUUAGUUGACUGACAAGCACUUUGAUUUGUCACCAGGGAAACCUGUGCAAUAUAAUUCUGUUCCAUUCUGCUUUAGGAGAAGUGUUUGACUACUUGGUGGCACAUGGAAGAAUGAAAGAGAAAGAGGCACGUGCAAAAUUUAGACAGGUAAGAAAAAAGGUCUUAUAAAGUGAACCUGAAAUGCUGGCUUCAAUAAAAAAUACGUUUUAGUGUUGUGAACUAAGCGCAGGAAAUGUAGAUCCCGUUCACACUAGGUAUUAAGUGUGAAAUGGCUGACUUGGUUCACUCAUAAUUUUACUAGGCAUAAUCUCUUAUUAUCCAACAGUGGCCCUCUAAUAUUUUCCCUGUGCUUUUUUCAUCUAUUUGGGGACAUCAAAAAAAUCAUUUAUUUUUAUUUUUUACAAAGGAACAGAACAGGAACACAGUGCCUACAGAUGUAGAUCUCUUUAGUACAGCUCUUUUGUCUUUUUGCAGAUGCCUGCUCUUUGACAUGUACAGGGAUGCUCCGUCCUGCAUCAACCCUCCCAACUUCUGUACUUUUCUGUGGAAUUUUGCUUAGGGAACUUAAGAGCCAUGAAUGAUUUGGGUCUCCUCUCCCAUAAUUCUUCUUUACCAAAUCUUCAAAAACAUUAAGUCAUAAAAAAGAGCUUGAUGGUAGGAAGGCUAGGACAAGUUGAAAUUGCUUUAAGGAAGGUUGCAGUCAUAGAAUUAUAGAGUUGGAGUCCACCCCUUUCUAAUGCGGGCAUCCUGCCCUCAGCCAUCCCUGGCUACUAACCUUUUGGUUAACAACUAGACCCAUCUCCCUCAACCGUUGAUCGUAAGGCUUGUUUUACAGAUUCAUUAUCAACUUGGUCGCCCUCCUCAGCACAGUUAUGUGGGAGUAAGACCCUGAGCAAAUAUGCAGUAGUCUUGAAGGAGAAGGAAGACAGACCAAGUCAGUCACAACACUGGCCAUUAGAGAUAUAACCAACCAUGAGGCACAGAGAAAGUUACAGUAUACUGUAAAGGCUAUAUGAAGAUAGGAAGGGGAAUGCUACUGAAAAUUAAACCAGGUCACUGACGGAGAUACUUUUACUAGCACACCACUGAUUAUCAAGAGCCAUGGGUAGGCAAACUAAGGCCCGGGGGCCUUCUAAAUCCGGCCCGCAGACGGUCCGGGAAUCAGCAUGUUUUUACAUGAGUAGAAUGUGCCCUUUUAUUUAAAAUGCAUCUCUGGGUUGUUUGUGGGGCAUAGGAAUUCGUUCAUUCCCCCCCCCCAAAAAAAAAAUCUAGUCCGCCCCCCCCCCCCAAGGUCUGAGGGACAGUGGACCGGCCCCCUGCUGAAAAUGUUUGCAGAUCCCUGAUCAAGAGAGCCUGACUAGCACCAAGUCCUCUGCUCUUCCUGGAGCAAAGGACAGUUUGGCAGGGAGGAAGAAGAAGAAGAAGAAGAGUUUGGAUUUGAUAUCCCGCCUUUCACUCCCUUUAAGGAGUCUCAAAGCGGCUAACAUUCUCCUUUCCCUUCCUCCCCCACAACAAACACUCUGUGAGGUGAGUGGGGCUGAGAGACUUCAGAGAAGUGUGACUGGCCCAAGGUCACCCAGCAGCUGCAUGUGGAGGAGCGGAGACGUGAACCCGGUUCCCCAGAUUACAAGACUACCGCUCUUAACCACUACACCACACUGGCUCUCUAGGAGAGAGGAAAAAGACAGCAACAGAAGCAACACAAGUUGCAAUGUAGAAAAAUGACAAGGAAGGAUAUUCAGCCACUGUCAGGAAAGAAUUGAGCCUCCAAGAAGUAGAACAAGGAAGAUCUGUAUCUCUGGUGCGGGAUGCGGAUGGUGCUGUGGUCUGAACCACUGAGCCUCUUGGGCUUGCCAGUCAGAAGGUCGGCAGUUCGAAUCCAUGCAACGGGGUGAGCUCCUGUUGUGUUGUUGCAGCUUCUGCCAACCUAGCAGUUCGAAAGCAUACCAGUACAAGUAGAUAAAUAGGUGGCUGGAAGGUAAAUGGUGUUUCUGUGCGCUCUGGCACUCAUGCGCCAGUAGCGGUUUAGUCAUGUGGACAAACGCCAGCUCCCCCUGCCUGAAGCGAGAUGAGUGCUGCACCCCAUAGUCAUGUGGACUUAAUUGUCCAGGGCUCCUUUACCUUACCUUUUACCUAUCACUGGUGCUUUAUUUUGCCUUCUCCCACCUGCUUUAUUUGCUGCAAAAGAAUGUGAUUUUAAUUAUUUUGUGAAGGUGCAUACCUAAAAAUAAAAAUUAAAUACUUCAGAAAUUAGUCUCUUCUCUUUUCCCUACCCUCUACAGUCCUCCCUUUCCCGUGUGGAUGGUUUAAAUGGGGAAAUAAUACUGUUUUAUGUGGUGUAUGGAACCAAUCUUCAAAUUCCACUUUAUUGUGCAACAGCAGCACUUCAGCAGUGUUAAAGAGCUCUAGUGCAGAAAGGCCCGUUGCUUUAGUUCCUACGUAUUUAAAGUAUUAGAGCAUGCUUUAGGAAUAUUUUCAGUGGGUUGAAUCCAAAGGUCAUUCUUUUGACUUUCAGGAAAGUUUGAUUGUAUUGCAAGUUUUUUUUUCAGAUCUUUGAAAACAAUAUGCCUUUUAAUGCUUGUGUGUGUGCCAUAAUUUACUCUUGGGGAACCUGGGCAGCUUGUUCAGCACCAAGGAGAGCAUUCAGAAGCACAUAAUGAGUUCAAAGACUGCAGCAAUGCAACAUAUUUUGUUAAUAUUGCUUACAGUAAAUAGGAAUCUUUAAAAUGUUAUUUAAGUUCGACUUUUUUUGUCGUAAACAAGACUCCUUCAUUUUGAUUGACAUAUUCAGCCCAGUCCACUUGGUUGCAAAAUUUAGGGGAGUACUUGCAGAAUUGUUCUAGCACAAGGCAGUUGCGCCCCCCCCCCCAUGAACUAAUAAUGGCUUUCAGGGGUUUGACUUUUUGCUUAGCAGGGGGUUGGGCUAGAUGGAUUUGGACUGCCACAGGGGGGCAAAUUGUUAAAGCUCUUCCUGUCCACCUUGUUCCAGGUUACCCACUGUGUUGGUAACUUGUGGAAAGUAAGCUUGCACUCAAGGGCUGACAAAGGAAUAAACAUUGCAUGUAUUCUGACCCAACACCAUGUUUCCAAUACAUUGUCUGGAGCUGGUGGGAGCUAUUGUGGUGUAGCGGUGAAGAGGCUGAACCACUGAAGCAGGGAUUCGCUGGGUGGAAUCUUUCCUUUGCAUAGAACUCAUUUGGUGGCUUUAGGCAAGCCAUUCUUUCUCCAUGUCCCACUUGCAAUACAGGAAAAUAGUGUAGCAACCUCAUAAGGUUCCUUUAGAGGUUGCAAGAAGGUAAUAGAAGUGUAGCGUUUGAUCUGCUUCAUGAUAUAAAUGUUAAGCAUUCUUCUUGGAGUCGUUCUUAAAUGUUCUCUUAUUAACCAAAUUUCUUAUUUCAGAUUGUGUCUGCUGUGCAGUACUGUCAUCAAAAGUGCAUCGUUCAUCGUGAUCUCAAGGUAUGCUCCUUUUCCCAUCCUUUAAGAACUCAAACUGUACGGAAGCAGAACAAUUUAUGUGCUCUUUCCGCCCACUUUGUAAGGUUGUAAAAUAUAUAAUAAAUUGCUGCUUAGUCUCUCCCCAUGUUUGUCAGGCAUGUAAGUCAUGAGUCCUUUCUUCCCCUGAAGAAAAGCAGGACUCACUGCCCAAAUCUUCCUAGUCGCCAGUCCAAGGAAACUUUAACCCCACCCCGUUUUAUUCAGUGCAGUCAUCAUGCUGCCUCUUCUCCUGACUGCCUAGGAGAUUGGGAGUGCUGCACUGUAGCUUUAUGCUGUUCCCUUCUCUUAUUCUAAGCCAUAACAAUCCCUUUAGAGCAGGCCUGGCCAAACUUGGCCCUUCAGCUGUUUUGGGACUACAAUUCCCUUCAUCCCUGGCCACUGGUCCUGUUAGCUAGGGAUGAUGGGAGUUGUAGUCCCAAAACAGAUGGAGGGCCAAGUUUAGCCAUGCCUGCUUUAGAAUCAUCAUGCAGUCCCUCCCUCUUGAUAUGAAUCCCCACCUCCCUUUAAGUUUUGGAGCUUAUUUUCACUAGUAUUACAUUUGCACACAUGUUUUUGCUAACCACAUUAGCAAAUCUGAUUCUACUCAUGAUUGUGGAUAAUGGUUUGCAGCUAUAAAAUAGAAGCACCGUUGAGAGCCCUAUCUUGAUAACCAAGCGUGUGUGUAUGUGAAGGCACAUCUGUAUGUGUUUCUUUGUAAAAAGUUCAGCAAUGAAGAGUCUUCUGCUUUUUAACUUUCCACAAUUUAUAUUUCCAAUUCAAAAACCACUGUCUUGGCUGUUUUCAUCUCUCACUGUACCAUCAUAGAGCAUCUGGCUUCUUGGCCCUCUGUUCUGCUAUAUCUCCCCUUCUUCAGUUUAUCCCAGAAAGUCACUGCCAAAUUCAUUUUUCUCUUCCAUCAAAGUGAACCUUAAGCACAGGCUCUGUGUUGUGCUCAGUGUCUGCUUCAAGCUCUCAGUGCUUUGAAAGCUGCUCAUCACUCUGCCUUUGACUAUGGGCCCAUCUAUGUGAUCCUUUAGAGAUAGAAGUCACAGUGAGUUAUCCUGAGCGCAAAUGCUUUUAAUGAUUAAGGAACAGUGAGAUUCACUGAAAAAGCGUUAAGUGAGAAAAUCUGAAUCUGGAGGAGUGCACAUUCUUAACAUUGAAGAAGCAAACCUUUGGAGCCGACAGCAAUCUUAAGGUAUAAUUGUUAAAGAAGAUGGCAUUAGACCUGAUUGAUUUUAUGGAGUCCACUGGCUAAGGGGCAGGAAAGAGGAAAGACAAAAGAAAAACCUGGUUCUGUUUCAUAUAGGAAUCACUAUAUGAGUUUUCAUUUGUUUUGCCUGUGUCUUUUUAAUUCCUAAACAGUCCAGUCAUUAUUUUAAUUUCUCUUUUAGAUUUUUCCAUUCUCCAAAGAUCCAGGGCAACAUUAUCUCUGUAGCUGUUUAGGUUACAAUCUUAUACACACAUAUUUGGGAUUGAGGCUCAUUAAGUUCAAUGAAACUUAUUUUGAGCAGACAUGCAUAGGAUUGUGCACUGUGUCUGAUAUGUGUACACAUGUCCCAUUGAUGGCAGCAGGUGUACUGUCGGCUAAAUCUUACAAAAUCUAUACAAGAUUUUAAAAAUUCCUGCCCUCUUCUCAUCAUGAAAGGAUGUAUAUUAGAUCCCAUCUUACAUACAAUUGCCGUUCCAGAACAUUCUUCAUUCUCAGUACUGGUGAUUGCCUGUUAUGCUGUAACAUAUAGCAAAACACAAAGCUCUGUAGAAUGACUAGUUCUUCUCAUAAUGAAGUUAUGGCGAACUGUUGUGUUGAUACUUACCUUUAAAAUUCUAUUUUCAUUUUUUCAGGCAGAAAACCUUCUUCUCGAUGGAGAUAUGAACAUUAAAAUUGCAGAUUUUGGUUUUAGCAAUGAAUUUACUAUAGGCAACAAACUAGACACUUUUUGUGGAAGCCCCCCAUAUGCUGCCCCUGAACUUUUCCAAGGAAAGAAAUAUGAUGGGCCAGAAGUGGAUGUCUGGAGUCUCGGAGUCAUUCUUUACACUCUAGUCAGUGGAUCGUUGCCAUUUGAUGGUCAGAAUUUAAAGGUACAGUUGAGAUUUGAAAUGGCUAAGUCUAGUCUUCAAUUUUUCUGUCUCAAUAGUAGAUGUUCUUCUUUGUCUGUUUUUUCUAAAGGAACUGAGAGAACGGGUAUUACGGGGGAAGUACCGGAUACCAUUCUAUAUGUCAACAGAUUGUGAAAAUCUACUGAAAAAACUACUUGUAUUGAAUCCCAUCAAGAGAGGGAGCUUGGAAGUAAGUAUUGUGAUCUUCCCCCAUUCCCCUCUCUUAUGUAUUUCAUUGGAAUAACUCAAAGCCUAUAAGAAAUAGGCUACUCCUACAUUUCUCCAAAUAUGCUACCACAGGUUGCUUCACUGUUUUGGUUUUUUUAGUAUCUUUUUUCUUGGUAAAAUGGAUUUUUUAUGGAUCCUAGUACGUUGUUAAAUUAAAGCUUUUAUUUUUUUAAAAAAACUUCCCAAUGAAAGCUGUUUUUCUGAAGGAAAUAAAUACAAGUUGGUGUAUAUCAUAUGUGAUGAUCAAACAUGUAAGGUUUCAUCCCAAGCUUAUGGGACGCAGUAGCCAGUUUUUGCAAAUAAUACCAAUCUAAAUGCAGGUUGGUUAGUUAGUUCUACCAAUUGACAGUCUUCUAUGUGGGAAUUUUGUAACAUGUGCAGUAGACUUGUCAGGUGAGGUUCAUUAAAUUCAUCAUCGGAUGACCCUGGAUUCUAGUGAUAUGUGUCGGAUAGUGGGAGAGAGAGAGAAAAACUUAUGUCUAUCCACUAUUUCUGUGUAUUAUUUCACAAUCCUAGAUACAUCUGUCACCCCUCUUGCCUGCCUUUUUGAAAAUUAAGGAGCCCCAAAUGUGAAAACUUUUCCGCACAGGAGAGUUGCUCCAGUCCUUUGGUCACUAGUAUAGCUGUAGUCAACAUGUGAAAAAAGAAGCUUUUUGAUCAACCAAAACUGAUGCUUCUGAUUGGGCAGGUUUUUUUUUUAAUUAUCUUAUUUUAAUGCAAGAACUUAGGAAAGCUAUAGGUGGCAUGCACCUUCUUAGAAUAUCAGUUUCCUCUUCUCUCUUUCGUAGAAGAGAAUGCCUCUUCCAAUAUGGAGCCUGCUAGAAAAGUGCGUGCAUUAUCUUUAAAAAAGAGCUGUUUUCUGUAGUAAUCCUUUUCACAGAUGAAAAUUUGGGAGGUUGUGAUUAACUACAAAUUUGUGUAAUUGUUUGACUAAGAUUUCUUUAAUCUGGUGAAAGCUCUCAUAAUAUACUUAGGCUUAGAAUUUCAGUAAUGUGACAUAAUAAUGGUCCGACAAAAUGAACAGCAUAUGAUUAAACAGCUAAAUUCGGGAUUGGAGCGAAGCACAAAUAACAAAGAUCAUGUUAAACUGCCUGAAAUGUGAAUUAUAAAAUAUUCUCCGAUAUUUAUUGUUAUGUAUACAAAGAUACAAUAUCCUGUUUAGUGUCUCAAACUAUGAAAUGCUGGUGUUUUUUAUGUAGCCAUGUAGUUGUAUCACUCCUUUCCACAAAAAAAUGAAAUGAAUGCUAAGUUCAUUGUGCUUCUGCUGAAAACUGAAAUGAAUGCUAAGUUAAUUGUGCUUCUGCUGAAAACAGUGUACUUGUCUGUUGUACUAAUUUAACACGUAAAUUUAGUGCAUUUAGUGUAAGAAAGGGUAAUUGUUCUUCAAAAACCAACGAUUCAUAAGUAAUCUUGUUUUUAUAGUAAAGACAGCUGAGUUUUAAAAGAAGCAGUUUCCACAUGAGUACCUGGUUCCCAUUUGCUAUGAUAGUCGAUGAGCUGCAUUUGAGGAAAAAAUAUUUUGGUUAUGUAUUAAUUCCAGCAAGUUGAAGCAGCCAGUCACCUAGGCCUCUGGGCUUUGCAUCCAUGGAAGAUUUACUGCUUGUUAAGGCCCAAUAAAAGUACAGCAGAUGAUAAAAUGGCUUGAGAAGUACAAUGUGUAUUAGUCAUCGGUUGACCUUUCUUUCAUCUUCAUAGGUUUGCGUUUGCAGCUGAAGAUGGUGUUCCACCAAAUUAAUCUCAUAUAAUCACUUUCUGACAUAGAUCACUUGAGCACAAGCUGGGAGAUAUACCCCUGAUCAGCUGUGACUCUGUACUGAAUAAUUCGGUGUCUGGUAGCUUGCCAGUGGAAUGUGGGUAUGAGUAAUUUCUGCUUCACUGAUGUGUAGCACUCAUUGUUAGGCUCCUGUCUAUAUAGGAUGGUGUAAUUAGGAUCACAGGAGGUCAACUCAAGGAUGUUAAUAUUCAUUUAACAAACUUCAAAAUGGUUGAGUCCAAAGGAUACUGCUGACUAAAAAUGUAAUACUAAUGUUCGGGUCUCUGUAGUUUUGCUGUAUUUUGUAACAGCAUAGCACAGGCACAAAACUUGGCAGAAGAACAGUGCACAGAAUCUGAGAAUGCCAGAUUUAAGGGUGUUCAGAUUUCAACAAGUUUCUUACUUUUAUAGGUUUAAAUUGUGUGGCCAGUGUGUGGUGAGAUCUCAGUGCACUAUGCUGACUUUUCACCAGUAUUUAUAAAUAGGUUGUGUUCAUUUUCAUGUUUAAAUAGUGUUUUCUACUGAUAAUCCUCCUAGAUAAAAGUUUUGGGAACUUGGCCCUGUUAUGCCCAGUAAUGCUGUGUUAGUUCCCUCCUGCCCAGGUUAAUACUGUCUCACUAUUAACAGCCUUAGAAGAAUUUUAUGUUGCUGGUUCAAAAAUGGGUUCUUGCCAGGACAUUGUGUUCAAAGCAGAGUGCAUGAAUGCUAUAGAAGAGAGGGACUGUCUCUGUCUUCCUGUGAAACACAGGGCAAUUGUCUCAGGGGGUAAAAGGCCACUGCAGAAUCACUGUUCAGUAAUUGUGUGAAGUGCUGUGUUAUUUAUGGGUAUUGUGUCAGAUAAAUGAUUCUAUCUGAGCCUUUGUCUGAUCUUCUUAAGAUGUGAUUUUGACUGGCAUUUGCUCAUCUAAAAUAGCACUAGAAUGUUAAGUUUUGUGUCCUAAUGAAAUUUAAUACAUUUAGUUAUAGGCUUUAUCAGUGUUUUGAUGUUUGCACAGUGAAACUAUUUAGGACCAUUUUGUAGCAAUAUACAGUUUCUGCAGUCUGUCUUUCACUAGCAACCUUUGCCAAACUAAAGUUGAAGAGACACCACUGUAUGCUUAAUUCAUAUGUUGCCUAAUGAGCAUUAAGUUAGCAUGCACUUCGUAUGCAUUUUACCUUAUACAUUUUAAGAGGAGAAUUAAAAUACUCCUGAGUGAUUUUUGAGAGCAUAAUAUUGGAAAAGAUUUCACACUUUGCUUUCAGUUAGGUCUGAAUUCUUCAGCUGUGCACUUUUUCAGAUGGAGUUUGGAAUAUUGCUACAUAUGUGGUCAGACAGAACAUGGGUUCAUUAUAUUUAAAUUGUCCAGAUGUCAUUCUUCUUUAAAAAGGCAAAAAAUAUGUCUGGCUUCCUUGUGUUCCAAAACUCAAAACUGUAUUCUAAUAGCAAAGGGUGAAAUCCUUUUGAUCUGUCUGAUUUGUCCUCCAAUGUAAGAGGAGAAGUUAGUUUCUCUGGUUCCUCCUGCACUAGUAGUGUCCAUGCUAUUUUGGAGGGUCUCUCAACCCUCUUGAACAGGGGACCACAGAGGGAAGGGAAAACUGGAGAAGAUCAAUUCCUUUUCUUAAGCUAUGAAACUCGCUCCCAGAUUGUCAGGGAACUGACAUCGGAGCUAGAGGUGGAGGGGAGGCUCUCAAAUGAUGCUGGAGAAGGGCCCAGCAGGGAGAGAGGCAGCUCAGCAGAUGGGGAAGCAAAUCAGCGCAACACCAGGGAUAAAGGGGGGGCAGAUGGGGGAAUUGGCGAGAGGGCUCCAGGACUCUUCACCCGACACCAGCGGGGAGAGCACGGGUCCUCCGCUACCCACGCCCUCCCUGCGCAGAAGACUUCCACGCAGGGAGAGUAGGAGGAGAUUGGGCGUCAAACAACUUUUAUGUUGGAAAAGGUUUAAGAAACGCCCACUGACGGAUUCUGCUAGCGACUGAGGCAGCCACGGAGUGAAGGGCUGUCCAGACAGAAAGGUUUAACAAGGCAACAUAGCCAGGAGAGGUGGCAACUUACGCACGAGCAACCCAUACUCAUUACACAGAUGAAGUAGUGAUGGCCAAAAACUUUGAUGGCUUUAAAAUAGGAUCUGACAAAUUUGUGGCUAUCUUGUCCCUCCAAUCUGAGAGGCAGCAUGCCUUUGAAUACUGGUUGUUGGGAAGAGCGUGCUUACACUCAGGCCUUGGUUGCGGGCUACUCAGAGGAAUACCAUUUUGCCACUGUGAGAACAGGAUGCUGUACCAUUGGCCUGUUCCAGCAGGCUCUUCUUAUGCUGUGUUGUUUAACCACCACUGGAUUAAAAGCCAUUCCAGAAGUAGAACAGCAGCAUUCAAGGAAUAAGAUAAGCAUUGAAUUUCACCCAUAAUCUUGAACAUGAAGUUUGAGAAGGACACCCAUUUUUGCUGUUGCAGAGAAUCUAUUAUGGACAUAGAAUUUUCAAUAAUGCUUCUUCAGAAACUUGAGCAAGGAAAGCGUAUGUUUUAAAGUACUCAAGCAUUGCAAGCUGAUGCCUUCUGUGCGACCCACUAAAACAAAAUCCUGAAGCAUAUACAUUAGCCAAAAGCAGGAGAACAAAAAGUGCUUCAGUGCUUCAAAGGGAAAUUGGUCAUGGGGGAGCGGGUGUGUGCACUCAAAGGUCACAGUCUGCAGAACCUCUGAACAGCUCAUCCGUAAGGUGUCGCAGCACUUCUGCUUUUUGCUUGGGUAUGAAAGAACAAUGGCUUGUUGUAAAAAUCCUUUCAAAAUAGGAGCUGUCUCCUGAGAAGUGAAGCAGUUCCCAAAAUAAGUCUUUCUUUCCUGUAGCCGAAAUAUCAGCAGCUUUCGCCCAUUCAUAUGAAUGUGAAGGAAAGGUAAAUUGCAGGGGACAAUUCUCCUUUAAGGAGAAUUAAGCUGUUAUAUAUGUUUGGUCCUUUUAUGGAUUCAGCAUGAAAGCCCCAAAACGUAUGUUUAUUAUUAAUUCAACAUUUGUAGAUACAGAUAGAAGCUAAUAAAGUAGUUCAACGUACUUUAGAUGGUAGUUUAAGUCUUCCAUAUUGUUAAUAUUUUUAUGGAUAAUUUUAAAAUAUAUUUUCAGUUGAAAGAAUGGACAACCUAAAAUAGUCUCUAGGCUGCAAAAAUGGUACUAUUGACUUGUUUGAGGUGAAUUAAUCAUGAGUAUAGAAAGCUGUUUUGUUCCGAGUCAAACUGGGUCCAUCUCAUUCAGAACUGGCUACAUGAACUGGCAGCUGCUUUCUGUGUAGAGAUGCUGGAGAAUGAACUGGGGAUCUUCUGCUUGCAAAGCAUCCACACUAUCGCUGGUCUUCCCCAAAUUUAUUUCUGUACAUAAUACAUGGCUAACACUAACCCUUGGAUCUGAGUUGUUCUUUGUUUUGUGCAUUGGGGUUGAAGGGUCCAAUUUAAUUUUGGCAGUAGAAGUCAUAUGCCUUCAACCAAAUUUGGAUGGUACUCCAACUGUGGCUAUUCUUGGAAAACAAGAUUUGGCCAUGGUUAUCUGUGCUCUCCUAACAUCUAGAUCGGAGUACUAUAAUGUGUUUUUAAGAGGGCCUUUCUAAAGACUGUUUGGAAACUUCAUUACUUCAGAACCCAGGGACAGAUUUGUAGUGAUAGUAGGGAAAAUAUUUUUUCAGUAUUCCAAGAUCUUAACCCAGCUACCAUUUUAUUUCUAGGCACAUUUUCAAGUGCUUUAACCUAUAAAAUCCUAAACCACUUAGGGUCAGCAGAACUUUCCCCAUGUUUUGUUUUAUUUGCAAAAUUUAAAGAUCACCCUUCAUCACAUCAUAGUGAUCCAAAGGCAGUUUCCAGCAUGUUAACAAAAUAUACAGACAACCAUGGGAAUAUACGUUCAUUAAAAAUAAUCGUUAAAAAAAAUGAACAGUAAAAUACAGCAGUGCAAGAAAAUAUAAAACUCAACAAGUGGAAAUCGCUGAUUUACCCAGAAUGCCUGGGAAAAUAAGAAAGUGUUCACUUGACAGCACAGAGCUUGCAGAGCUUCCACCAUCUAUGCUUACCAGCAGAGAAGUGAGAAUUUCCUUCCUCUCACCAGCUGAUCACAGGGUAUAGAUAGGGUGGUUGGUAUGGGAGAAUGUGCUUCAACGAGUAACUGGGUCCUAUAUUAUCCUGUCCAACUAUUAAAACCUUCUGCAGGGUUGCUGCUCAAGAGUAACCCUUACCCCAGCGGUGAGAUGGGAAGCAUCAAAGUAUAGAGCCUUCUUGUUAAUAGGGCCUCCUUUAUGUAACUCCCUGACCAUUUGUCCAGCACCCAUUUUUAUUUAACCAGCAGUUGAAGAUGUCUUUUGCACACUGAUUGGUCCCCACUGAUUAUUUUUCACUUAUGCUUCAAAGCAGUUUUUAUAUUUUAAAUAAAUAAACAUGCAGAUUUCCCCACUAACUGGGUAUUGAUUUGGGAGUCGAUAAAAAAAAAAAAUCCAAUGAUUCAGUUUUGCUCUGUUUUCUAGCAAAUAAUGAAGGACCGAUGGAUGAAUGUUGGUCAUGAAGAGGAAGAAUUAAAGCCAUAUACUGAGCCUGAACCAGAUUUUAAUGACACCAAAAGAAUAGGUAAGAAUAGGUUACCCCAAUUGUUCCAAUCUAUAGCUGUAUUGUAUUCUCCCUAGUCCCCUAGUCCAGUUCUUCAUCUCUUUCACUGUGCGCUGCAGAUUCAUGGUUAACAGUAGAGAAAAAUGCUUGUCAGUGUUUUGCUAAUUCUGUGGAUUAGUUUGCCAUGUACCCAGGUUUUUUUAUAUAGUGAAUGUUGAACAGUUCCAAUACAGUGGUGCCUCGCAAGACGAAAUUAAUUCGUUCUGCGAGUUUUUUCGUCUUGCGAGUUUUUUCGUCUUGCGAAGCACGGUUUCAAUUUUUUCAAAAAAAUCUUCAAAAACCUCAAAAAAGGCUACCACACCGCUUGCUAUGAGUUGCUCCCCGAAGUCAAGUUGCAACUGCACCUCUUCAAGCAAUGCACCCUGUAUUACUGUAACGGUUUUUAAAAAAAGGAAACAAACUUGCAAGACGUUUCUGUCUUGCGAAGCAAGCCCAUAGGGAAAUUCGUCUCGCGAAGCAACUCAAAAAACCAAAAACUCUUUCGUCUUGCGAGUUUUUUGUCUUGAGAGGCAUUCGUCUUGCGAGGUACCACUGUAUAUCUUCCUGAAUUAGCCUAGUCUCAGUUUACCUGUUUUUUUCUCUGCCACGUCAUUAGUUCCAGUUCACAUGCUAUGGUAUGGAGGAUCAACAACAUCCAGGAAGCUCCUAGUCUUAUCCUCCUCUUCCUCUCACUUCCAGUAGGAAACAGUGGUUUGCAUUUGCUCUCCUAACCAGAAUUGGUGAUAAAACACACUUUAUAAUAAUUUUGGUGGGUUAUUUAUUUUUAUUUAAUAAUUUUUAUUAAGUUUCCAUUUACCAAAUUAAACAUAUCAAACCAAUUAAUCCAAAUUAUAACAAUACAUAUCAUAUAAUCCAAUUAUUUCCCAAUUAUAAAUUUUUGUGGGGGGUACCCAUGCUUCUUGAUCGGCAGGAGUCCAAUCCUCGAAUAUUUCUGCUGCUUUCAUAUUUACAAUGAUAUUUUCAGUCCCUCUUCUCAGUCCUUGUCGUUACUCAUUUUCCUUUUCAUUCACCUCUGAGUUAUCUCCGCAAGUGGGUUAACAAAACAGUUAUUUAUAUUUCUGUGUGGAUUCUGUAUUGCUCUCUCGUGAAUCACUCUCAUCCAAUAGUCCAGGCGUUUCCACUCGAGCGGGCAACCGCCAUCUUGCCGUUCCGAUGAAAUACAGUCUAAAAGCCCGCUCGUUAACUUUCCAGACCUGUUGCAUCGUAAAUUAGUCUUUUCCAGGAGGGCUGCCCCUUCCAGUUCACAAUCCCAUCCAGAUAACAAGUCUUCGGCUCGCCCUCCCUAAGACCAAACUCCCUGCAACAGAUGUCUGUCCUUCUGUAUCACAUCUCAAUUCUUUCUGCAUCACAAAGAGAGCCUUUGUUUUUCCAAGUCCUUCACAGAAUAAAACCUUUAAAUUCAUAUUAUUUUUCCCCACACAGCUCAUUUUCUAACCCCAUUUGCCAAUUAGUUAUUGUGACGGAUCUUCUGAGGGGGAGGGUUAUUAGCCAAUCACUUGAAACAAGAAAUAAAAAGUCAUUUCCUCCCCCUUUCCGUUCCGUUGCCUUCCACAUACCAGCAUGUCUGUAGUACUUUGAUGUAAUCUUCCGUCUCAAUCUUCUUCCUUUCAGUGGCCAAAUUAUUAGCAGAUAAAACCUCCUGCCUCUCUCAAAGCAUGUGUGUUAGCUUUCUCCAAAUUUUUCCUUUUAAGUAACGCAACUAGUUUCGCUCCUGGAAGCAGCUUUGGAGGAGUGCCAAGACCCGCUGAGGGUUAUGCACCCAGUGCCUUGCACCCCCUCCUUCUUCCAAACUCGGGGGUGAUUUAUGCAACCGCGGGUGAAAACUGCGUCUUUCCAUUCCCUGGAGAGAUGAGGGAGACUGAUUUACUCCCCAUAAUCAGCCUCAAAUUACCUCGUGCAAGCUGGAUAGAUGUUAUUAUCUGCCAUCUUCCAAGGCGCCCCUAGCGGUCCCCCCGCCCCCCCGGUUUGGUGGGUUAUUUAAUCCAUUGGUAAUGACAAACUAUGUUUGGUGCUAAAAAGAAAAUGAAUUGAACCUGAAUCUGCUAGCCCAUAUCACAUUCCUAAUCAUCUGGACCAUGCUUGGAGGAUUGUAAUGUUUAUGUAAUCCAAUCCCUCUCCCCUAAAUCUCUUAUUUCCUAUCUUAUGUAGAUCUCAAUUCUGUACAGUGGUACCUUGGUUCUCGUACUUAAUCCAUUCCGGGACUCCGUUCGACUCUCAAAACCGUUCAAAAACCAAGGUGUGGCUUCCAAUUGCCUGCAGGAGCUUCCUGCACUCAAGCGGAAGCCACGUUGGACGUUUGGCUUCCGAAAAACGUUGACAAACUGGAACACUUACUUCCGGGUUUGCGGUGUUUGGGAGCUGAUCUGUUCGGCAACUAAGCAGUUCGAGAACCAAGGUUUGACUGUAUAUGUUUAGGGUACAGACUCUGUUGCCAUUACAUAAAUGUUAACUAGUAAAGGGUAAUGGAACAUGGCAAAUUGUGAAAAUGGUCUGUCGGGUGAAUUUUUAUAUUUUAGAGAAAAUUUGUGAACAGUGUUCUAGGUUCCCACUUUAUUCUACUGUGAUUACUCCCGUGGAUUUUCACAAAACAAUUCACAGUACAUAUACCUCUCAGAUAAUCUCUUAAGUAGAAGUUUUGUGGAUGAAAAAAAAUAUAUCAGAAGUUGUCUAAUGACAUGUUUUAAAUAUGUCUUGUCGAUAAUAAAAUUGAGCUGUCUUGUUUUUGAUAGAUAUAAUGGUCACUAUGGGUUUUGCAAGAGAUGAAAUUCACGACUCUUUAGUAAACCAAAAAUAUGACGAAGUCAUGGCUACUUAUCUGCUCCUGGGCAGAAAACCACCUGAGGUAAUUUAUAGUUUCUUAUAUUUAUUUAUCUGCUAGUUUUGAAGUUGUUUUCUAGAGGGAUUGAACACAGUGCUGAGACACGCUUAUUGACAAGCAUGUGUACUCGUUGGGUUGCUGAGUUUAUGGAGUUUAUGCAUCAAUAAUUUUUGCUGGCAUGGACUCAUAAGCAUGCAUUUCACGUGUGUGGGGGGUCCCUGGAACGUAAUCCCCGCAUACGUUGGAAGUCACCUGAACUAAGAAAAGUGUGGGGGCCCAGGCAGGGCCCACCACUGAUUCUUGCAUUCCUGUGGCAAUGGUCAGCAGGGACUGGGUAGAGCAAGGUUGAUCCAAGACAUGAGCCAUACAGACAAACCUGACUCCACUGUGUUACUUGCGCUGGCCCCUCCCCCACUGUAUGCAUGCCAAGAUAGGGCCAAUGUGGAAGCCCCUGUGCUCUGGGCUGGCAUCAUCCUUGUGCUGUUUCAGAUGCCAGCUAAAAACAUUUCCGUUUUGACAAGCCUACCCAGACACAUGAACAAGUGGUGUAUAUCCAUUUGUAUAUUUUGCUGAGUUAAUCUAUAUGUUUGCAGCAAUUCAGUAUGCCUAUAAAAAAUGAGCCAAACAGUUAAUUAUAAAACGAAAUAAACCAGCCAAGCCAUUCCAUCCAAAAACAAAUAAUUGUUUUGCUUUGGAAUUCUUUGAUUAAGUGGUUCAUAAAUCCUACUAAACGUUAGUAAUAAUAAUUGAGGUGGGGAGCAUGAUUAAGAUGGUAGUGACAGCAUUUGUCUGCGGUGCCGGUUUUGUCGCCUGUCUUCCUGUUCCAAUCUGUGCUUUCUCCCCACCCACCCCUGCACUCCAUCUCUGCCAGUGAGCUUGAGGUUCCACCAAACACUUGGGUGUGGCCUGCCACGGUGGCAUGGAUUGCCAACCUGUGAAUUACAGCAACAAUUGUCAACUGGGUCGGCUCUUUCACAAAUGUCAGUUAAUUCUGGGACUGGUUAUAUCUGUAUAAUGCAUAACUAGGAUUUUUAUUUUAAUAAUAAUAAUAAUAAUUGUAUACCGCCCUAUACCUGUAGAUUUCAGGGGGGUUCACGACAUAAAAUCAUGACAAGUGAUUGUGUAUCCUUACAUCUAUUAGCAUGUAGUUUGAGGAAAUGUAGCUGCAUCUUUCUUUCCCUUGAUGCUUUUUCUCCUCCUUCUGUUACGAAAAAGUAGCCUUGGAGGAGGAUGCCAUAAAAAGUGGAAGGAGAGGCUGCCUCUCUGGCAUUUACCCACUUAAAAUUCUUCUGUCCAUAAUGAGGAAAGUGUCUUCUUCCUCUCUGCCAACUGCAUUCCUGCUGCUAAUGGCAGGCUCUGGGUUUGCUUUUCAGUGUAAAAAAGGAAAAGGGGGGAAAGGAAUGGUGCCAAGGUGACUACAGAGAGUGCCCAGUCUGCAUCCAUGUGAUAGCAAAUGUUGUAUUGAGUUUUUGACAUUGGAAAUAACUCUUGUCUCAAAAAUAGAGAUGCAAAUGGAUUUGCUUUCUAAAUUGUCACUUAUCCUUGUAGUUUGAGGGGAGCGAGUCCCUGUCCAGCAGUAACCUGAGUCAAAGAUCUCGACCCAGCAGUGACCUCAACAACAGUUCUAUGCAAUCUCCUGCUCACCUGAAGGUCCAGCGGAGCAUAUCAGCCAAUCAGAAGCAACGUCGCUUCAGUGAACAUGGUGGGGAUGGCAUUCAACCAAGUAAAGUAGCAAAAUACAAUUUUAAGCUGUGUGCCAUGUUUUCUGGGCUUAGCAGUGCCACCUCUUUGUGCAUUAGUUGUGCGCUGCUUCAUCUCAUACCAUGGUGCUUUUAUCAUGUGAUCCUUCCAUGGUAAAUAUAGUUUGGGUUAGUUGACAGAUGUGUUAAUUAUCAUUUGCAUUUAUUCUGGUGUCUGUAGCUAUUUUAACUGUUUGCGUAAUGGAAACUGCUCUGUAUUUGUCAUCAUUGCUUUGAAUCUAAAACGUGAGCUUGGAUAUCUGCAGUGCAGUAAUUUUUUCAAGAAAGGUUAAUUAGAAGAUAUGGAUGGGUUUAUUUCCAUAGAGAGAACAGCCAUAUGCCUGAAUAAAAUUGCAAACCAUUGGCCACAGCCCAGAAGACUGGUUCCCUGUGGGCAACUUGAGGCUUUCCUGCUUUUUGUAUGGAAAGCAAACAAUCUCUUAUUCCUUUGUGCUUGUCGAACGUUGCUUUUCGGUAAUGGAGAUGACUAUUUGCUUCUGAUAUUCUGGGUUGUGACUUAGGUACUGCAGUCUCAACAACACUGGACAAAAAAAUAUUCUGAUUUGCUUUAAAUGAGGGAGACAGUGUCCCAGUAUAGAGAACCAUGAAUGAUGUAGGGGCCAGAAACCACACUCAGGUGAACUGGGAGCAGCCAGAAACCCCUUCUCUCUUCACUUAUCUUCCAUAGCUGACUGAUGCUAAAAGGAAUUCCUUAGUGAAGUGUAUCACACACCGAUCAUCUGCCCAGUGGAAGGAGAAAUGUUUGAAUGGAAUCUGGGCAUCCUCUGCUUUACUCUUAUCUAGCAGCUAAGACUUCCCAGCCAUGUCAUAACCUUUGGUUUGCACCAAUGCCAGCACCAGCAACACCUUGCAAUCUGAGUGAAGGUGCAAAUGUCUGUCUUUCGUUUGAGGAAAGGCUGAGCUAUGGAACUCUUUGCCACAAGGAAAACUGUGUGGCAAAUAAUUUAGCAAUUUCUGAAAAUGGGUUAGAUAUGAUUAGAAAGUGAUGUCCUUCAUUGCCAGCUGGUUAUGCAAAACUCUGCCUCCAUCUGCCUUGAUUUUGCAACUGGAUUUGAUUGUAAUAAUUCCACUUUCGCUGGGAAAUUGGUUGGUUGUAAUUGACAAAUUAUUGUAUUAUGGAUGCACAAAUGAGGUGGCAGCCCACUGUAUCAUUGAAGGCUUCUGAACGGAAGCUAGUUGAGUAACCUUAAAGUAUGCCUCUAAUGUUUUCAAUGUGGAUGGCAUAUUAGCAAGUUAACGGGGAACAAAUAGUAAACAUUAAGCUUAAAGGUUUGUGAAAUUAUACAAUCAAGGCACUGGUGACACAUCUGUAUUCAGGCAAAUUCUUUGCACAAUAUCUCAGGUUCGUAAAGUGGCACCAGCAUCUUAUUUGAAUUAGUUCCUUUGAUGUUAUUUUUAGUACCAGCGCAGACUGAUUGAAGGUGAUACAGAGAGCACCAUCUCAUUGAUGUUACCUUUGUUUGACAGUUGGCCCAACGAUUCCUCCCGCUGUCUCGUAUUCAAAAAGAGCUCAGGCAAACAGUGUGGAGAGUGAACACAAAGAGGAAUGGGACAAAGAUGUGUCACGUAAACUGAGCAGCACUACAGUGGGGUCCAAAGGUGAAAUGGCCGCAAGUCCACUGGUGGGCCCUGAAAGGAAAAAAGCGACUACUAUUCCAAGUGUAAGAAAGAUCUUUGCUCACUGACGAGGUCAAAUGUUUUCUGUACCACGAUAACAAUUGUUGCUAUUGUAUUAACUACAUGAUUCUCUUCUGCAAAUGGAUUAAAUGCUGGCAUACACUAAUAGAAAUGGGCUCAGAAAUCCAGUCCAGCAUUUAAAUACUUUUUUAAAAAACAGGAGUGGGGGUGAAUAGUUGAGUGUGACAAUUGACUCCUGGGUUGCUGAAGGAAGGAACUUGCAGGUAAUGUUGCAUCCUGGCAUUUUUCAGCUGGAGUGCCCUGUGGGUUGUUCCUUCACUGUGCUCAUUGCCUCUCACUGCCCUGGUUGCUUCACUCUCUGAACUCAUUGUCACCACUGCAGGCCUGCUUCUUCAUUUUUUUAAAAAACCACCCACUUAUAUAAUGAAACAGCAGCUUAACUGUUUAAUAUGUGAAUGUUUGACUAUCGAAAUUGGUGUUCUUCCCUGUGAGGAAAGUUGAUCCAAGGCAAUUGGGAAAUAAUACUACAAGCUGUUUGCCAGGGGCUAUACAAAUUUGCAUUUCCCUUCAGGACACUAUAUUCAUUGUAGCUGCUAGUUCGGCUCUGGAAGUUCCCAAUGCUUGAAAACCUGUUCUUCUCAAAUAAUACCUAAGCAUUUCAGUCUGUAAACAGAGCUCUCUUUUCUUGGCCUUGCUCACAUACGCUUGACUCAGUAUCACUAGAUGAUAUUGCUCUUGUGCCUAGUUCUCUAAGGUGGGGGAAAUAGGAUGGAUGAGAACAGAAACAAUGCCAUAGUUCAUACACUCUGUUAAGCAGCCUCUUUGUAGUAGAGGUGAGAAAACAAGAAUGGUUCUUGCUACCACCACAGUUACAGUGCAUUGUGUGAUGCAGUUGUAUGCAUAGAUGAUGCACAUCUCCCCCCCUUUUUUAAAUGAGGGAGAGAAUUGUGCAAGUUGUCUGUGCAAAAAGUCACAUUGCACUCUACAUUGUAGGCAUGGUAGAAGUGCUUCUGCUUUCACACUUGCCCAUCUGUUUAUCUAAGUCAGGCAUAGGCAAACUCGGCCCUCGAGGUGUUUUGGGACUACAAGUCCCAUCAUCCCUAUCUAAAAGGACCACUGGUCAGGGGUGAUGGGAGUUGUAGUCCCAAAACAUCUGGAGGGCUGAGUUUGCCUAUGCCUGAUCUAAGUUCAUGGACCAGGUUUGUGCUUUGUGGCUUAAGGUCACAGUCCAAAGUGCACCUUGUUUAUUUUUAGGAGGCAAUACCAGCUCAAAAGCACCAACAUGCUCUCCAGAUUCCCAUGAACUGAAAAUGCACUUUGAGGAUUUUGCACAAGACCUUUUUAAAAAGAGGAGAUCUGGGUUGCUUAUACUUUCUUGUUUUGUCUCCACACCCCCACCCACCCACCCGCCCCAAGAGAGCUGUUGAAGGGGGGGGGGAGUACUAUUUUUCAUUUAAAAUGCUGUUUUAACAAAUCUUCAAACUGUUUUUGAAUUAACGGGGCAGUAGAAUAGCAAUUUCAGGGCUCAUCUGUGUGCAACAGCUGCUAUGUUUUCUUCUUCAGAAAAAUGGAUUGUGUCUCUAGUCUAUUGUUUGCUAAAACUGUGGCACAUCAGAAUAAUCUAUUUUUUUAUAUCGUGUCUUUUAGCCUGUCUAUUAAAACAGAAAAUAAAGCAACAUUUUUACCAGUUAACGUAAAUUAGAAAAUACAUGGCUAAAUAACAUGGGAUGCCCAAAUGCAUCAAAGAAAGUAUACAUAUGCUAAUGUGCUAUAUAUUUAGGCAUUCUUACUCUGUCAUAUAUUUUUUAAUAAUAAUUGUAUUUCCCUGACUUUUCUAGAAUAAUGUGUUUUCUGGGACUGGCAUGACACGAAGAAAUACCUAUGUCUGUGAACGCUCUACAGAUCGCUAUUCUGCCAUUCAGAAUGGGAAAGACAACAGGUACCGAACCUGUUUCAUGCGGAAAUUAAGAUUUCAUGUUGCUCUGGUACUUAAAGGAACAUUUCAUGUACAUGUUCAACAUAGUUUAGCAAGCCUCGGAAACAGAAACUCAGCCUAAGCAGGCCUUGCAGCUAGAGAGGGAAAAGGAAGCCCCCAGAGUUUAGGGCAUCGCUGACCAGCCUAUAACUGUCUUCUGCUAUUAAAUGUCUUCAGAAAAGUUGGGUAUGUUUAGACUUGGGCAGGCAUCUAUCUUGUUUAGGCUGCUGUGUUCUGGUCCCUGCCCUGGAUUGGCCAGAAUGAUAAGAUGUCAAGCGAAAUUCAGUAGAGUUGUAGCCUGUUUCAUUCUUCCCUGAGUGUCAGCUGUCAUUGUGCCCCUUUCUCCUGCCUCAGGCAAAACUGAAUGAAUUUUAUUAUUUUGGUCACAGACCAGUUCCAGCUCACAUACAAUAUCAAGGAAGUCAUAAAACACGAUAAGGAUACAUUUGAAUUUGCAAUUAGGUAUAACAGGGACAAUACAGAUAUAGCAACAGUUAAAAAAUAUAUAAAUUAAAGCUUAGUCACUAACACUAACAUAUAACCUAAAAUUAUCAUUUAAAACCUUAAUCAUUAUGAUGGCACAGCUUGAUCCCUAAGUUUUAUGGCAAUUGCACGGAACUCAGGCAAAACUGUUUCUGAGGUUUUUAGACUUGUUAAUUUUGCACAUUCCUAAAAAUCUACAUUGGUAUCAUGAAGGAGAUGCUGGGAAGCAGCAACGAGAAAAAUGAUUGAAUACUGAAAUUAUAUAAUUCCAUUUGACCGUAUUGUCCCUCUUGUUAAAUAGCUGCUUUCUGUGCUCUUCCCAAGUUGAUUAUAUUUGUAUUGAAAUACAUGCUGUGGCUUGUUCUUCUCUCUGCACUUUGAAAUUACUAGAGGAUUCAUUUAAAGUGCUACCAGUAGCCUUUUAAUCGGAUGCAAUGGUUGAGAUAAUUCAUCAAGACUAGCUGUGCAGAUGAGUACAAAACAUUUACUGUGAUUGAUCAGGAAAGCCAGUUGCAGUUGCUUUUCUUUAUUUAUGCAAAUUGAUAGGAUUUGGUGAGAGAUUAAUUACUUUUUAUUGAGGCAUUCUGUGCUAUUUUGAUGAGUGGCCCAAAGUUCAAAAUUCUUUUGCUGCCACCUAUUUUCCCUUGAAUAUCUAUAAAUAGUAUUAAUUUCUAUUUUCUUUCUGCAUUUGUUCCCAGCAAGUGCAGAAAGAGUAGCACCAGUGAGCAAGUUCCUUUCAUAUGUUUUGAUUUGGAUUAGGAAUCCUAAAAGUGUCUGUCCGUUACCUGAAUGGAGCCAAGGAAAAGCAAUCUUAAGACAUUUUUCAGUAGAAGCUGUUGUUGACCAUGUCUUGGCUAAAUCAGUUUUUCCUUACGGAUCCAACAGUAGUUCAAAGGUUCCACAUGCAACUACUUUACUAGAACAUUUUAUCUCAAGAUAUUCCUUUUCCUGCUUUCUUUUUUAUGAUGAAAGCCUAACAGAAAUGUCUGCAAGCAGUACCUCCUCUACUGGCUCCGCUGUCUCUUCGGUAAUAUCAGCACGACCUCGACACCAGAAGUCCAUGUCUGCCUCUGGCCACCCUAUAAAAGUUACACUCCCAACUAUCAAAGAUGGCACUGAAGCUUAUCGACCAAGGUAUUUUUCAAUAUGUAGCAUUUGUGUGGUACUUUGCAAGGUCAGAUGUUCUACAAAUGUGCAUAACAUAGGUGUUUAGGCACAACAUCAGUAGUGCUAGGCUCUGCCAAUCUACUGUAUAUUGUGAUACUGAAGCCUUUAGCAUCAAUCACUUGAGCUUACGUGAUGGUGUUGGAAUAUUCACAAACAUUCUGACUGCUUUGGUGAACAAAACUAUGAUCAUUCUAGUUCACCAGAAGCCAGCAUUGUGCCCUCCCCACACCGUGUGGACUGCUACUCAUGUUCCUUGACAAAUGAUCAUGCCUGACUUAGGUUGAUAUGAGUUGUAGCCUACAACAUCUGGAAGGCAGGAUGUUGGCUGUCGGUGUGAGCGAAGGGCAAGUCGACAGUUUGUCUGGGUUGAUGGUUCAUAGUUGCCCAAGAGACAGGAGUAGCUUUCUAAAAUCAGACUGAAAAAUGGCCCUGUGAGGCAGGUAAGUGAAGAAGCAGGAAGUCAGAGGCAAGGCAGCUGAAGUAAGGAUGCAAAGGAGCCCUUGAGAAACAAGAAGCUAAGGAAUGGGUAGGCGAAAGAAAGAGGUGCUUGUUGCAUUUUGUCUCAUCCUUUCUGCAAGGAGCUAAGGAGUCCCCCACUCCCAGUUUUAGGACAACAGCAAUACAUUGAGUUCUUUCCACAUUUUAUCCUUCCAACAGUCCCUUGAGAUAGAUCAGGCUGUGAGAUAGUGACUGGCCCUAGAUCCUCUUAAAGGCUGAGUGGGAACUUGAACUUGGGUCUCCCAAGUCUUUGUCUAAGCUCUAACCCAGGCUUCCUCAAACUCGGCCCUCCAGCUGUUUUGAGACUACACUUCCCAUCAUCCCUUACCACUGGUCCUGCUAGCUAGGGAUCAUGGGAGUUGAAGCCAAAAACAUCGGGAGGGCCGAGUUUGAGGAAGCCUGCUCUAACCACUAAAUAAGACUUUGGAGGUAGGAAUUGUAUUUUCUAGUUCUAGCCUCAAAUCCUAUCCAUCUCAUGCAUAUAAAACCAACUGUGUGUGUGUAUAUGUGUGUGUGUGUGUGUGUGUGUGUGUGUGUGUGUUUGUAUUUAAGUGCACCACUUUAUCAUGACAAAAAAUUUACUCACCAAUAUCAAAUACCACUAAACCCUUUUCUCUUUCUUGCUUUUUCUUCUACUUCCAUUUGGGCUCUUCCCUUUGGAAUGAAAAAUCCCAUGUAACCUCUGAAAUAGCAGCAAGACCUGGUAUAUCUGUUGUAGAAGAUGCAUUUUCUCUUUCCCAAGCUUUUACUCUUUCUACAGACUAUUUUGAAUUAAAAUAUUCCUCUGUUCUUCAUCUCUUUAGAGACUUUUUGUACAUAAAAACGUACGGCACGUGUUAUCCCAAGAAAGUGCAUGUUGAGAUGUGCUAGUCAUAUUGAAGGUUUCUCAUGACUUGGCUCUUUCUAUCUCCCUUUCUUUUCAAAUGUACUUCUGGCUUUCCAGCAGUGCAACUCAAAGGGCACCUGCUGCUUCCCCAUCCGCUCACAGUAUUAGUACUAGCACUCCAGACCGAACCCGUUUUCCUCGAGGAAGUUCGAGCCGAAGCACUUUCCAUGGUGAGCAGCUACGGGAGCGGCGCAACGCCACUUACAACGGGCCACCUGCCUCACCGUCACACGAAACAGGCACGUUUGCUCAAACUAGAAGGGGGACGUCAACUGGGAUUAUAAGCAAAAUAACUUCCAAAUUUGUCCGCAGGUUAGUACCCUCCAUCAUUUAUAUUUCCAGGUAAUAUGAAAGGUGCAGUGAAACGUUAUAUUAUUAGAAGCAAGCCUUGUAAGCGCCUGGAUAAGCAACUGCUUGGAACCCCCUCAUUUAAGCCGGUGUAAAAUCAGAUUAUAGGAUACAGUAAUGGUGACAGCUUUCUGUAUUCAUGCCAUUUUUUAAAAAAUCAAAAACUUACUGAAUAAAUUAUACUGUUCAAAUCCAAUAGGUAUGAAAAACUUGGAUCUUUGGCUGAAAAUGUUGACAGGCAUCCUAGCACUUAAAGGCUGGUUCUAAUGUCACUAGUUUCAUACGUGGGUUUUCACUUGUGUGGAAAAAAUGGUAUGUGCACCAUCAUGUGCAGUGAGCAUCAUUUUUGGCGUGUGGACACUUUAACAUAAGAAGAGCCCUGUUUGACCAGACCAAAGACCCACCUAGUCUCACAGCCCACAAGCAGGACACAAGCAGCACACUCUCCAUUUAGAUUACCUCACAACUAGUAUUUAGAAACAUACCACCUUUAAUGCUCUCAUGACUAGUGGCUAUUGAUAGCUUUUUCCUCCACAAAUCUGUCUAAUUCCCUUUUAAAGCUGUCCAAGUUGAUGGCCGUUUACUGCAUCUUCAACUUGCAAACUCCUACGUUUGCUUAUGUGCUAUGUGAGGACGUGCUUUCUUUUGUCUCUCCUGGGUCUUCCAACAUUCCGCUACAUUGACUGACCCUGGAUUCCAGUAUUAUAAGAGAGAGAGAAAGAAAAAAAACCCCUCUCCCUAUCUAUCAUGUCCCGCCUCACUCAACUUCUUUUCUAAACUAGAAAGUUGCAAAAGUUGCAACCUUUCUCUUGGGAUGUUUUACAGCCUCGUCAUAAAUUUGAUUGCCUUUUUCUGAACCUUUUGCAACUCUGCAAUAUAAUAAUAAUAAUAAUAAUAAUAAUAAUAAUAAUAAUAUAUUAUUAUUUGUACCCCGCCCAUCUGGCUGGGUUUCCCCAGCCACUCUGGGCGGCUUCCACAAAGACCAAAAAUACACUAAUAUGUCAUACAUUAAAAACUUCCCUGAACAUGAAUGAAUGGGUGAAUAUCCUUCAUGACAUGCUGUGACUGAAUUCUGAGAACAUGCUGCAAUUCUGGAUUUCUCACUAUGCACAAACGUAGCAAAAUACACAUGUGCUCUCUCUUUAAUGUGACAAUUUCCUACAGGGAAAGGGUGUAGGAAAUUCAUAUUGCCUGGAGCAGCCCCAAGUAUUUUUAUUUUUUUAAAAAAAACCAAUUACCCCAUUCAUCUUGACCCAUUCAACACCGUUUGUUUUGACGGUAUCCAUCUGCUGUUAGAACUAAAGAUAUUACUGAUUUCAAAAGGACUCUAGUUUAACAGUUAAACAUUUAUUGAUAUUAUAAUCCAAAAACACAGCCUAACGUGUAACCUGUUGGGGGUACAUUGGGGCCCAUAAUGUUAACUUAAAACAAUUAGCUAGCAUCUUAAGUUUAAUUGUCAUUUUGAAAUGGCAUUUUCUGAAUCCAGAGCCCCAUAACUUGCUUUAAAAUUGUGUAUGGUAAUGGUGAGGUUCACUAAAAUCAGUAGGAGUUUUGCUAGUCACUUUGUUGCCCUGUGAACCUUAUCAGUGGCAUUUGAGAAUAAGGCAGUUUCCAGUUCUGAAAUUCUUUCCAUGAUUCUGUUAAAUAGAGAACUCACUUGACAGCUCAUCAGAUUUCACACAUUGUGGCACCACAUGUGCAGAUACUUGGAAAAAGUCAUGUCAUCUUUGUGUUCUUUAACAGCUGCAUCUAAUUUUAAGUUAUGUUCACAGCUUGCAUUAAUAUUGUCCCUUUUUAAUUGAAUAUAUUUAGAAAUACAUUUCACUUACAACUUAAAGUGUUCAGUAGUGUACAAAUAUGUGCUGGAAUCAGAAGUACUUUUUUAAAAAAAUGCUGUAAUAAAGCGUAUUUUAUAAACGUGCAAUCUAGCAUAUGAUUGAUACCUUAGAAAUAAUUAUUUGCUGCUUGUUCUCAAAGUGUUCUGGUGAGUUUAUGGAAUGUUCUGUGUAAAUCAGCCCUGCACAGUUUGUGACCCACCAAGCUGAAAGCAGCCCACAAGAAGCAUGAUAAAACCCUCUUUUUAGUGCCUGCCUGGGAUUGCAAAAGAUGAUAGUUGUCAAAAAUGAUGUGCCAAGACUUCUAUUUUCUGACUUAGAAAUACAGGGUUUACUGGUUCAGAAUGGUCCUGUCAAAUUCAAGGUGAGAAUUAUGAUGCACGUAUACUAGUUCUUCUCCAGCUUGGAUUUUAAGCAGAGCUGGAGAAGAACUGUCUUCCUUGCACUCUGCUUAAACUGGCUGUUGCCAAAAAAAUAAAAUAAAAAUAAACUGGCUGUUGCCUGUGCUGGUCAGCAGCAGCAAGCAGAAGGGAGCCUGGCAAGCUGGUAUACAGUGAGCCAAGCGCAAGUAGCCUGUGGGAUGUGCAGUUUUCCCAUAGGCCUGUUGACUUUGCAGUGGGGAGGAGAAUGGUGUGAAAGCUCAUGGGGUUUUGUAAAGUCUAAAUUCAAAUUGGCUUAGAGAUGAGCAUGCUGAUCCAUUGUGAACAGCUCACCUGUUAUUGGUGGCCUAGUACAUAGCAGAUGGGCUGCAUAUUGGUUAGGUGGGUCACAUGCUACACAGGUCUGAUAUACUUGUAUAUUUGAUGUCAUUUUAAAUAUUACGAUGGACUAUUGUGUGGGACGGGCUAUACAACACUCUGCAGAUGUUGCAAGAAGUGGUGUCUUUGAGCCCUUAAAUAAGAGCUGUUAAAGCUGGGAGGUAGAAAAUUUUAGUAUGUUUUUUAGGUGGUAUCCAAUAGGCCUUAAUUUGCAAAUAACUAACACAAUUGGCAAAUGUGCUGCUGUGUUAUGACUUAAGGGCAUGGCAAAGCACACGGCUAAAUGCUAAUAGCGAACUGUUUGAGGCAUCUUCGUGAGUAAGAACCCCUAUCUGGAGAAGUUUCUUGCUGAUUGCUGUGGUGGUCUCUCGCCAUUAAUACACAGUCGGGUGGGGAAAGGAAAAAAUGGAGCUUACUCGCCGUAUGGCUUCUGGCUUUUGAGUGUGGCUAUUUUAAGCUUAAGGGGGGGAGGGGAGGGGCAAUCUGAAGUUACCCAGCCAGGGUAAAAAUAAACUGAAGUUUCAUAGGGAGAAAGUAAACUGCAGCUUUGGAAAAACACUAUUAAAAAAAAAUACUAGUAAAUGAUGGUUUCGUGCUAUUUGCUCAAAAGUAAUUUUAACUUUGUUCUGGAUAACCGGUUUUCUUGACUCAUUUUUUUUUAACCAUUUAUUAAAAUCUUGACCUUAACUUUGUUUUGAGGGAUCCAAGUGAAGGCGAAGCCAGUGGCAGAACUGACACCUCAAGGUGAGGAGCCACGAUUAAUACUUCGCUGCUAGGUCCCUUUGUGUUCAAAGCUUUAUGAUUCUGAAAGCCUUUAAACUAAUAUGUAAAACAGAGGAGUCUCUAAAUAACUUGUCUUUUAAAAAAUACUAUGUAUGAGUUAAAUUCCCCAUUUCUCUUUUAAAUACUAUUAAGUUUAAAUAACUUUUUUAAAAAAACAAGCUAUGAUUCUGCAAGUUCUUAGACUUCAGCAAGUCCACUUUGGGAAACAGCUCCCUUCUAAGUGUUUGCAAGGUCACAGCUUAAAAAAAACCACAACUAUGUAUAUUCAAGCAUUAUCUUUCAUUGCGUAGUAAAAUCAUACAUUGCCAUUCUGAGAACUUUGCCAACUGCCUAAUAUGCACUUCUGCCAUACGCCUCUGCUUUUUACAAAUACUAAAAUAAAAAAAUGUGCUGGCAAAUCCUUUGGGGUUAAUAAGAGUAUAUGCAUCCGAGAACCUCAGGCCCAGGGACUGAAUGCGGCCCUCAAUAACUAAUUAUUUGGCCCUCUAAACUCUCCCCAGGCUACACCUCCUCCUGGCCCUGCUUUGCACUCUUUUUGAGUGUGUUUGCUUGGCUGCAGUGUGUCCUCGAAUUCCUUGAACUCUGAUGACACCUAGAUGGAGGAUAGAGGGUCAGGAACUUAGCCUACUUUACAAAAAGUGAAAUUUACUUUCCUAUCGCUGCCCACUUUGGCCUCUGGCCUUGCUCCUGAAUGUCGUGUGGUCCUUGGAAGGUUGCUUAGAAGGGAAUGUAGCCUUUGGGCUGAUAAAGCUUGCCCACUCAUGGUAUAUAUAAAACAAAAACAGACGGAUGUUAUUUUUAAAGAUUGCUAUAUAACACACUCUGGAGAUGUGGGAGUUAGCCUUGGACUGAUGCCUUACUUGAAUCCUGCUUGCAGGCUGCUUAGUUUGAACCAAGGACGCUACACACAAACACACACCGAGAGUCAUAAAUAAGUUGCCCCCAUUCAUCUGCUUCACAACAAGGGGUGUGUCCUAGGAAUGGUUGUGUGUGUAGGCUUUUAUUCCAUGGGCAAUGUGCUGCCUGGCAUGCAGACCCAAAGCUUGCUCCUCAGCACAGAGCUUGUGUGUGAAACUUCUCUUUAACGAUCUGAGAAAACUUAGUGGGGGGGAGGGGUUCCUCUUGAAAUUAUCAAGAUUAUCAAGAGGAAAGUGGUUUACAUAUCAGAAAGGGAUAAUCUACAUGAAUGCUAUUAUGCCUAGUAUUAAAUUGGCAUUUUAUACAUUGAAUAUGUAAAUCUCAUUUUGCUGACCACUCCUUUGAGAUGUCGUAGUCCAUUUCUUCCCAGUAUUGUAUGCUGGAAAGACCAUGAACCCUCAUUCCUAUACUUUUAGUAACUGAUCCCUCCAUCCUAUCAACUUGUGUAGUAAGCUUCCCUAAAAGAUGUUGUUACUGGAAGACCACAUUACAUUUUCAUUAUGCACAUGUAUGUAUUGUUGUUGAAACUGCUGCUCGUGGUGAUAGUGCUCGCUAGCAGUCACAUUUUCCACUUGCUGGUGAAAUUGUGGGCUCUGAAUGAAAAGGAGUGUGUCAUCCUGCUUAACUUUUGCAGGUGUUAAAGAUUAAAAUAGCAUUGCCUAGUCCCCGGGGCGUAUGUGUGUGAGCACACACAUUCAUGUGUGUGCACCACCACCACCCACUAUCACUGGCAAGAAAGUUCCUAACUUCUUAGAUGCUGAAAAAUCUACUUGAUAGAAAACUAAAGUUAAGUUCCAAUGGUUGAUCAUUUUGCUGCCCUUUAGUCAUGCAUUGCAGGCUACAAAAUGCUUCUGGAAUGCACACAAGGAUUGAAAUUUGUUUCUGAUUUUUCUUCUUACGGCAGCUCCUAGCCAAAUAUCCUUCCCUGAAAUGCUUCUGGUUAGGGAGUGACUUUUCAGAUGUAGGGUGGCCAGUGGACUUAGAAGCUCUGCAGAGGGUAACUAACUAUGGACCACGUAAACAUGAUGUAUUGUGUAUAAGCAGUACAUUUUGCGGUGAUAAAAUAUUUCUCCUGUCACAUUCCAGUUGAUAGGCUGAAGCCACCACACUGCUCCUUGCUCCACAGCUUAUUUCCUCACAUGAUGUUGGAAAGAUCAUAGGACUUUAAGAUACUAAAUGAUGUCUAAACAGACAUUGAAUAAUUCUCAGCAAGCAUGGGACCCUUGAAGGCAGGCAGUGUGUGAUGAAGUUUUAGCUGAAAGAAUAACUAAUAAUAAUAAUAAUAAACAUACUUUGCUAGGGCUAUUAUUCUGUGCACUCUUAUUUGGGAGUAAGUCCUGUUGAACUCAGUUGACCUUAGUACUUAGUAAACAUGCAUAUGAUAGAACUGCCCAAUUGUUUUCUUCCCCAUUACACCACAAAACAAUUUGCGGAAGAUGCUGCCAAAACAUUAUGAAAUACUUUAUAAUAGGAAGCAGUGUAUUCCCUGUCAAUGAUUGGUUUGAGUUCAUAAAUGUUCUGUAUUGCACAGAAGGUAAUGGCAGAUAUGACGGAGAGCCAUGCUGCAUAUGACAGCGCAUUUCUGCCACUGCCAUCCUAACAUUGUGCAUCUUUGGGGUUGAAUGGAGAGGAAACAUUCUUUAUGGAUUUGUGUCCCUUGAGUGCCAACUUUUAAAGAUAAACUAGUUAUAAUUAUUUAUAAAAUUGGACAGUAGAAGGAAGCAACCCAGUUGUUGAAGAGAUGCUCAUAUUAUUAAUUCUGUAGGUUGAGAUAUUAUUGCUUGGAGGAGGCCUUCUAGGCAAGAAUCACCCAAAAUUAGUUCCCUUACUUUCUCAACUUCCAACUUUAAAUUUGCAAAAUAAGCUGUUAUUGUAAAGGAGGGUAACAUUUUUUAAUUACUAAUGAAUGAAAGGUGGCUUCCUUUCUUCCCUGCUUUUGUCAGCAUUCCUUGCCUUCUGUUUUGUGUGGCCUUUCAGUGUUUCGGUGAUCUCCCUAAAGAUGAGACCUAAAGAGAGCCUAACCAAGUUGAUAGUUGAGAAACCUCUUUUCGUUGCUCCACUAAGCGAGGAUAGUUUUGAUCAAGAGCAUUUUUUAAUUGUCCGGUGCUUAAGUGUAAUUCCCUAAUUUGUCAAUGGUAUAUAAAUGAUGUUUCCCUUUUCAGGAGCACUUCUGGAGAACCAAAAGACAGAGAAAAAGAAGAUGGUAAAGAUUCUAAGCCACGGUCUUUGAGGUUCACGUGGAGCAUGAAGACCACAAGCUCCAUGGACCCAAAUGAUAUGAUGAGAGAGAUUCGAAAAGUGUUAGACGCUAACAAUUGUGACUAUGAACAAAAAGAGAGGUUCCUGCUCUUCUGUGUCCAUGGCGAUGCACGACAAGACAGCCUCGUCCAGUGGGAGAUGGAAGUUUGUAAAUUGCCACGCCUGUCGCUCAAUGGAGUCCGCUUCAAGCGAAUAUCCGGGACUUCUAUUGCCUUUAAAAACAUUGCAUCCAAAAUAGCGAAUGAGCUUAAGCUGUAAAGAGCAACAACGUUUCUGGAAUCAGGGAAGAGUCUAGCUUACAUUCUGAAUGUACUGGUUAUGCCUAACAUGAUUGGCUUGUGAAACCCCCCAUGUAGAAAUUGCCCCAUUGCAAUAAGGUUAUACAUAGUUAUUCUGAAUUGUAAAAUUAAAUUCAGUAUGACCUAUAUUAAAAGGAAAAAAAACUGUAGCUGAAGAAGUUAUGUUCACAUGUACAGGUAAGUAUAUAGAGCAUUUUGUUCAUUUUAUGUUCAUAGAGUUGUAUAAUAAAAAAGAAGGCUUAAAUGCAGAUCUUGUAUAGUUGUCUAGAUAUCAGCACAGAAGUGUGUUUGCUUUGAGUUAAGAAGUUCUUCCUGGUCAUUAUUUACAUUUUUUGUGGUUUUUAUAAUUCUUACCUCUUACCAUGCGUUUUUUAAAAACUACGUCCAUAGUAGAAAUGCACAAAAAAAAAUGUUUUCACAACUGUAGCAUGAACAAUUUUAGUUACUUUAAAACAAAUUGCAUAUAAAAAUUGAAUUAGUCAAGGACAGAUUGGCUUUUGUUGUAUACAAGAUUUUUCCUGCUUCCCUUUCACUCUUAGCCUCCUUUAUAGAACAGUGUUUAUUUGGCAGAAUAAAAAAUAAAAAUGCAACCAUGUUUACAGUGUUGACACUUACAGUGAAGAAAAGGGGGUUCUGAGUAUGUUGGCCUCUGGCCCCUUGAAACUUGUUGGGGAACAGAAAUCAUGUCUUGAUAACAUUUUUUUUAAAAAAGUUUUGGGGAAGACUGAACUAUUGCUCUUGUGACAUGUGGUCAAAUGUAGCAACAGAAUAGAAGUACAGUUCAUAUUCAUUCAUCAUGGAGUGAAAUACUAUUGUUCUCUGCCUUCAUAAAUCCCACUUUAUGAAAAUACAUUGUUUCAUAGCACAAGGUAUUCUGAAAUGUUGCCCAAUUGUAAGAGCUAAUAAAUGACACCUCAGGAAUUAACUGGUUUUUGGAAUAUUCCCCACCCCACCCCACGCUCCAGUACGUGCAGUUUCAUAUACUUUACAGCUGAGCAAACAUGGUUUAUAACAAUAGAUUAUUACUUACAUGAUUGUACAAAUUUUGUUCUCAUAUAUCUUGUUUGUGUUUCUAAUAUUUUGCCCACUUUCUUGUAUUUAUUCCACAUCAUUAUGCCUGUAAUGUGCAGCUGUGAGUAGGCAUUUGCCUACGGAAGUAAAGAAAACUCCUUCAUAAUUGGUGAUAUAUAAACUAUGUAAAACCACUAGUACUUGGUACAUUUUAAUAUUUGUUAUUUUGUACUGAAUUAAUCAUAGCGGUUGGUUGUGCAAUGUUAUUUAAUGUCGUAAUUACUGUAAUUUCAACAUACGGGCCCCAUCCGCACACCCCUGUAAAGAUUAGAAAAGUCAUUCAAAAUUGUCACUUUAUUUAAAAAACAAAAAUGAAAAAAAGAAGCUGUGGUAAACUCUGUAACCCGAAGUUAGAAGGCUGUAAGUGUAGCUAAAUGUGCCAUUUGAGAAUGGAUUUCUGACAGAUGGACUUGACAUGCUGUACUGUACUGUGAUGUAGCUCUCCUGUAACAGUUCUGUUCUGAAAUGAACGUGUAUUGUUGCCUUAGAAGAAGAAAAAAGGAUGGUGUUUUGGCAAGAAAGAACUGUACCCCUUUUUAUCUGGUGUUCCUUUUUAAAAUAAUAAUAAUAAUAAUUUUUUUGAUGCAAGUCAUCCUAAUUCACAUUCACUGGUGCACUCUAUUAAAAACUUACUUGAACGGUUCUCAUACU